AUGCACCUCACCUCCUUUGGGACCUGCGUUGACAAGGCCGUGGAAGAGCUUUUGGUGGGUCUCCUCAAUGCGAAGAUGUUCGGCAGCGGCACCAGGAAGUGGUUCGUGAAGAAGCAGAGGCAGAGGCCAGGCGGCGGCAGGAGGCCAUGCACCAAGAAGAAGAAGAAAUGGGCGGCAAAGAUCCUCAGACAGCACCGGCAGAAGAUCCUCAGUGAGCUGGACGUCAACACGGUGCUGCCUUACUUGGUGUACGACAAGGUUUUCUCACUUGGGGAGUACAAGGAGAUACUGGGUCACGAGUCCAGGAAGAAACGGACUGAGAUAUUCUUGGACCAUCUGUCCACGAAGGGGCCUUCUGCGUUCGGCUCGUUUUGCUCUGUUUUGGAGGAAGUGUGUCCACACCUGCUCACCUGUUUCCUGCUUGAUGGAGGUACAGACACAAAGGGACACAGCUGAACUAGUUAGUGUUUGUGUUAUACUUUCACUCAUGUUGCUGUUUUUUCUUUCUUAAAAUGGAGGGAAAAUGAACAAUUUUAAGGGGGAAAAACUACUUUGCAGUAAGCCAGUUGCACAGACUAAGAGCUCGCAAAAAUAGCUUCUUAAAUCUGGUUGGCUGAGGGGAUUACUGAGCAGCAAGCGUUCCUAACUAGCCUCUGAUAACAUAUGGCCUCAACGUGGCUGCAGUCUCUUUGCUGCACUAGUCAAUAUGCUUUACAUUUACAUAAAACUGAGCAGUCUUGAGAAUUACACCAGAGCCGGCCCAAGCCUCAAUGGGGCCCUAAGCAAAAUUUGGUUUUAGGGCCCUCUAUUUCUACCAAUAAUAUUGAUUGUUUAUCAUUCACACACCUUCACAAAUCUCUUUGAUUAAUAUUCCAUGUCAUGCAAACAUACCUUUAUCUUGGUAUUCUCUUUCUUUUCUCUGCUCCUGAAGGAUAUGUCCUUUUUUGUGACAUUGUUUUGCCCCAAAACUACCUGUGCUUUGGAUGCUCAGUGCACAUUUAACAGCAGAAGGCACAUAAAGGUAGCAGAGCUCUGACAUAUUGACAGUAAGAAUCAUAGGCCUACAUCAGCUGCAGCACUAAAAUGUUUUUACUUAUUUUAAUUUAUUUUUACAAUAAUAUAUAUUUGAUCAUUUUUUCAUAUUUUGAUUGCUUUUGGGGGCCCCCUACUGACUGCGGAGCCCCAAGAAGGUGCUUAGUUCGCUUAUGCCUUGGGCCGGCUCUGAAUUACACCCAUGUCCAGCUCAGUAUGUACAGUGCCUUGAAAAAGUAGUCAUACCCCUUGAACUUUUUCACAUUUCGUCACUCUGGAUGGAUGGAUGGAGGUAAAUACAGGGCAAUCCUGGAAGAAAAUCUGUUGGAGGCUACAAAAGACUUGAGACUGGGAAAGAGAUUCACCUUCCAGCAAGACAAUGACCCUAAACAUACAGCCAGAGCUACAAUGAAAAGGUUUAGAUCAAACAAUAGUCAUGUGUUAGAAUUGCCAAGUCAAAGUCAAAGACCUAAAUCCCAUUGAGCAUCUGUGGCAUGACUUGAAAAUUGCUUUUCAUAGUUGCUCUCCAUCCAAUCUGGCUGAGCUUGAGCUAUUUUGCAAAGAGGAAUGGACAAAAAUUUCAGUCUCUAGAUGUGCAAAGCUUGUAGAGACAAACCUGAAAAAGACUUGCAGCUGUAUUUGCAGCUAAAGGUGGCUCUACAAAGUAUUGGGUUUUGGUUGUAGAGUGACAAAAUGGGAAAAAGUUCAAGGGGUAUGAAUACUUUUUCAAUGCACUGUAUAUCUCAGACAGAAGUGUAGCCUAAACUAACAGCUGUAAGGAGCCUAAUAGAUGAAUCUAUUCCUACAGAUGAUGCCUCACGACAUGGCUGCAAAGGAGGUCCCCCUGCGCCUCCAAACAGUCCAAGAGAGCAGCCUCUGUGCCCCCUUCCCAUGUACACCGACCCUGUGUUUGACACCAGGUGAGAGCCACCUCACAAAUCAAGGACGUUACGUAACAUCUCGAGUGCUUUAAUUUCUGAUGGAUUACUUACCGCUCUAUUAAGUUGUUUCCAAAACACAUUAGAUAGACUAAAUCUCUGUGAUGAGGUUAAGUCUGAGCCUUCUUGGCAUCUAAAAAGAGGAGACACUGGAGAGCUUAAAUGUACUUUCAUUUACAUCCCUAAACUCAUCUUGGUCCUUUUAAAAAGUCCUGACACAUGUUUUUGAUGCAUGGAUCACAGCUUUAAAAAGAGGUUGCAAAUUAUUCCCCUGACGCUCGCUCCGAGGCAAAUUGUCGCCUCUUAUAUCAUUAGCUCCUGCCACUUUCAAGGAAUAUUGCAACAGCAUCUGAUGAAUCUGCAAUAAUUAAUCUGCAAAUAGCCAUCUGUCUUUCUCUAGUUUGCUAUUUUCUGAUUGAUUCGAGUAUGUUUGAUACACAAAGAUAGGCAAGAAAUGAAUGAGAUGAAUUCAGAUAAUUUGAUGCAUGGGAUACUAAGUGACCUGAUAUUUUGACACAAUGGCUUGAGUUUGUUGACAGUAGACAAUAGAGGACUGUUGUGGCCUGUUGUUCUUUUAAAACAAACAAAUGUUGUUCAUUUGUAUGAGGCUGCAUGUCUGAAUGGUGGAUGCUAAUGUGUUUGUUGGAUCUUGUAUCUCUACCUGAUAUCUGCACUGUGGUGUGUGUGUGUGUGUGGACUCUGCUGCUGUUGGUGACGUACUGGUGUCUUUUUAGUCUCAUAUUUGCAUAAUGUAGCUGUCACUGCGUUCAUUUUUGCCCAUUUUACAAAAUGUCCUUGUUUGAAAAUCAGUUGGUAUUAUGUGUUGUAGAAAGACAGAGAUUCCAGUAAAGGGCUGUGAAUAAACAUUUCUGUUUAGUUGCUUUUACACUGAAACACACAACACUAACAUUAAACUGAACUUUUAAAUUGGCGGUAGAGUUAAAAGAUGAUUUUGCUUUCAGCUGAAGGUGAAGUUACGGAGGACUUCUGCGUAACCCACUGCGUAUUUAGGUUGACUAAUUCAGCUCUCUUGUAAAUAUGACACAUGCACAUAUCUUGUUUUAAUUCAGUUUCUUUAAAUUUUUCUCUUUUUUUAUCUAUUCAAUGCUGCUGUAAUUUUGGAAUUUCUCCCUGUGGGACUAUUAAAGGAACAUCUUAUUUUAUCUUCCUCUUCAUGGAGCUUUACAGUUGAUGCUCAUAAAUGAGACAAAAAACGAGACAUACAUGAGAUCAGCAACUUAGAAAUGCACUCACCUGCUUAGACAUGACUGAAAAUAUCUUUUCUCUCAGCCUAUCAAUGAGCAUGGUAAAGGAAAAUAAUGUUUUUGCCACAGUGUUGACAGGCAGAGGUAAAGUACAUCCUUCCACUCGACUGAUUUGAUGUAACGAGUGUGAGUAGGUUAACCAUGGCAUCCCUUUUGCUGCUGAGAAUAAAUCACCAUUGUUAUGAGGUUUUGAUCAAUGAGAAUUGAGUACUUAACAGGAAGGGAACCUCUAAAGAGGGUGACGUAUUUUAAAUAAUCAACAAUAAAGGUAAAAUAUCAUUUUCUAAUGUACAUUUGAACAGUAAAAGGCAGAACAGUAAAAUAAAGUGUAGAAAAAAUGUCCUUAAAAGGCAGAACAGUAAAAUAAAGUGUAGAAAAAGUGUACUUACAAGGCAGAACAGUAAAAAAAAAAACCAGUUCUUCUGCCUUUUAGUGACACUUCUCCAUAGUUUUUUUUUUAAUCUCUCCAUCUGGCAUUUCAUGAACUUGGCAGAAAAUGCCCACAAGUAAAAGCUAUAACAGCACUGUAAUGUAUAAAUGGUUAAACUAAACUACUUACAUAAAGGAGACUUAAAAAAAAGAGCGGUAUAAAAUGACAUCUGCUGAGCUAUUCUUUUAUAUUUAGAGAAGGAUGAACGAAGCACAGCAGAGCGAGGGAGCUUUUGUCAGCGCAUGUCAGGCCUGUGAAUGCAUCAUGACUGACUGACAGAGACUCUCUGGAUAUAUGUGCAUGUGGACUCCUUGGAGAGUUUCUCCAGCUCAGCUAACACAACAACAGGACAGUGUGUGUGUGUACAUAUCUGUGUGUGUAUUAUUUAUAAUGUGUGUUUGUAUGUAUGAGCAGUAUAGUGCGUGUGUUUGCCGGGGAGGUUACUUGGAUGUGAUGCCCGAAGUGACGAGACAGACAAGCUGACAUGCUCCCCAGACCGUUAAGGAGGCCUCUUUAAUGUAUGACAGCUAAGUCAGCGUGGAGACAGCUACCCCGGUGGUGUGGCCCUGGGCAUUGACACACACAUAAACACAUAUAAACACACACACACACAUACACAUGCACAAGGGCUGACAGAAACAGACCAACACAUAAUACAGCACACACAGGCAGAAUGGACAAAGAGCUACUCGAGGAGAUGCAGCACGAUAACAGAGAAAUGUAAGUCCGCCUGAAAUUUCAUUCAGGUUCUCAAAUAUAAUGAUAUAUAUUUAUAAUGAUGCAGUGUGCCUGAUGUCUCACAUAUCAGUUGUAUGUUUGUAAUGUUGUUUUAUUCCUGAUUUUUACCUGUUUAUGUCAGGAUAAGUGAGUGAGUGCCUGGCAAAGUUGACUGGAUGUGUUUCUAGAUAAAAAAUGGCGUAAUCUUUUGUUUAUUCACUCUCAGGAGAAGUAGGACAGAAACCGCCCCAAGUCCUGAAUUCUUGGCUUCAGAAUCUGUCCCUGUGUGACAGAGUGAAGCGCGUCUGCUUGUUAAAAAUGUGGAAACAACCUGAGAAUACCUUCCUCGCUCCCUUCACGGUGUCCCAAGUGUGUGUGUGUGUUUUUUAACCUUUUUCGUCUGCACAUUUUCUCUGAUCCACAGCAGAGGAGCAGAUUGAUUGUCAGCCAUGCAGUUCGAGGAGACACUGUGUUUAUUAGUUUUGCUUUUUCGCGUCCGCCUCUGGUCGGCAUCCUGCUGACUGAGAGCAAACAUGCUGUGUUUAAUCACAUCCCAGGGCUUCUGUCUUAAAGGGCACAAAGAACUCAUGUAUCACAGAGCGAGCGGCGCAAAACUGAUGUGAACGUGAAUCUAUUUUGAGGGCCGCUGGCUGCCAUGCUGUUUUCACGGGAGUGUUUUAUUUUUAACAUCUUGUAAAACUUCUUAAGUAGUUGUUUCUGCUGAUUUAUGCACCUUGAGAGCAUGUUGAUGCAGGAUUUAUGAUUUAAUAACUGCCUUUUUUAUGGAUUUUUCCUUCUUUCCAACAGAGGAUAGGUAUAAGAUGAUGCCGUGGGUUUGGAUCUGUGGCCUUAUAUGCAUGCAUGUGGCUACAGCGAUGAUGUAAGUCACAGUGCCUUCAUCCAUAAGUGGAGAAAAUGAGAUGCUGGCAGGUUGAGAAGGGGGAGGAGGAGGAGGAGGAGUAGAGGGGAGAUUAGCUGGAGCUGCGAGGUUAUGCUUCUCCGUGCUGAUGACUCACCUCGCAGCACAUAGAGAGAAAGCACUGCGACAGCGCUGAGGUGUGACUCCGUGUGUGCGAGCGAGCGUGCGUGUUUCAUUACUCUUGUUCUUCUUGGUGCAGUGCAUUCAUGUGAAGAGGACUUUCUCUGUGAACUUCUCCUCCUUGUUUGGAGCAAAAGUAAUAAAUCACAAUGUUACACCGGUAGUGCUUCUCAGGGCGUCCGUCCAGGUUUGCCUCCUUUGGGAGCAGCCUCUGAGUCCUACAAACCAGCUUUGAUAUUUUUUCUGUACAGUAUACAGUGGACAAGAGAGUGUAAGGACACAAGAAAGAAGGGCAACCCGCGUCUGUCCUAUUUACUUGCUGGGUUAAAAAAAAAGAAAGAAAGGAAGAAAGUGCUUUAAUGUGUUAUUGCCGUGUUUGUGAGUCUCUUCUGUGAGGUGUGCAAUAGAAGAUGUCAGCAGUGGGUCCUCAUGUGAGAAGGGUAAUGAUGGGGCAGGCUGCUCUGAGGCAUCAGUGUGGAGAUGCAGAGUGGGGAAUGCCAAUGUGCAAUCAAAGUGCUGCAGUGGAGUGUGCAUGGGUAUGCAGUGGGCUUUAGACUGCAGCAGCACAUCCACUGACCCACUGCUGUGUCAAUGCUUCCCCACUGACACACUGCUACUGGUUCCCAUGCAUGCUUUAUAAUCUGUGUGUGUGUGUGUGUGUGUGUGUGUGUGUGUGUGUGUGUGUGUGUGUCCGUGUUUCCCCAUCCUGUGAUGACUGCUGUGUCUUACAUGCCUGAUAAUGGUGACGUGUGGUGUCUGAUUAAUCAUGAGAGCCCGGUGAGUGGCGCUCUCGUCAAUGGGAGGUGACAGGGUGCGUUGCUGGUGGGUUUGUUGGAGCGCGGCUCUGCGGUGAUGAUUCCAUUAGUGCUGUAUUAGAUAUGUGUUGACUGGAUUUAAGAGGACACCAACAGGAAGCAGCAACAUUACUGACAACGUGCAGCCAAGACCACAUGUAGAUGCUGUGUAUGUGAGUAAAGUGAAUCUAAAACACAUCUAUGAUUAACUUAAUUGUCUUUUUUAGAUUGGUUUUGAGACAUGCUAAAGGCAUGGUUGACGAUCUAAUCUUCAGUUGAAAAAAUCUGAGCCGUUGAGGCAGAUUUGAAAAAAGCGUCCCCCCCACCCCCCACACAAACCUCUCCCCUCUGUGCUCCACGAUAACUCCCCCUCAAACCGGUAUCGCCCUCCCCACGACACAUCCCCCUCUGACAGAGCAAGAAGUCGGCCGGCAGAAGAUCCUACACUAGCUUCAAAUAGGGAAGAGUGGGAAGGGAUGAGUCAAAAACACGGGAGAGGGGUGUGUCGAAUACAGCGAGGUGAUUGGAUGGAGAGGCAGAGCAGGACCAAUAGAAGCUGUACGGGACGGAUGGCUCCCAUUGGUCAAUGUAUUUUCAGCUCUGCAGCUGCAAGGGUGAACAGAUUUUUUUCCUUUCUUUUUUCACUUCAUUUUGUGAAGAUCGCACUAUAGGACCAUGAUCGCCAAAUAAACGAGGUUCAUAGUAAUUACCAAUCUCUCCAAUCGUCAACCGUGCCUUUAAAUUUAGAUUCGAUCUCUGAUAACACUUAUUUUAAAGAUCCGUCAAGUCUGGGAAUGUCGCAGAUUUGUCAUGAAUGUCUACUUGAACUGAUAAGAAUAAGUAGUUGAAAGUUGAAAGGUCAAAGGUCAUUGAUCUCUAGACACAUCUGCCAAAUAUAAUAUCCCACAAAUGUUUGUAACAUCUGAAAUAAUGAUGAUUUGGCUCAGAGGUUAAAGAUAAAUUCUUAGAGGGCAUAAUAAAGUCCUGGAUAAGGAUUCAUGAUGUGGACUUUUUUGAUGAAACUGUUGACCAAUAGAAACCUGCUCCUGACGGAUGAUUCAAACAAGAUUACUGAUUUAUUUUUCACAUUUUUAUCACUGGAUUUGAUUUUGGGUGGCAGCAACUCAGUCAGUAGGCGCUUGGCUUGGCAACCUAAGAGCCACUGGCAGGAGUCAUGGUGUGGACCAAAGUCUGGGAAUUGGGCUGGUAUCUGGAGAGACGCCAGCUCACUUUCUAGGCACUUGUGCUCUUGACCAAGGCUCUUAACCUCUGACUGCUGGGGCGCCUGUGUGCAGUUCACUCAUUGUCAUGCCCUAAAGAUCCUGUUGGUGCAUGUAUAUGCAUUUCUGUGUAUGUGCUGCAAGUGUGCCCUCUGACCUCUUAAACGUGUAGUUUGGCUGUGGUUUGGUGAACAUCAGCCAAAAACAAACUCUCUACGUCAGUAGAGUUCAGUAUGAUUGUUUUCUGCUGUGAACCAAAUGCUGUGGUAAUGUUAAAUUCAUGUUAAGGUUGUCAUCCAGCCUCUAAGCCGUCAGACCGAGAAUACUUUUAAGAUUUACGUCACAAGUCCAUUUAUCUGAUGUAAUACUUUUGUCACAUUGAUUUAGAUCAGAUAGCAGGUACAGGACAGUCGGUUCCCUCCUGUUCUCAGGUGUUAACUUAUUCAGUUAACACUCUUGGUCUUGGAGAGAAAAUGACUUUAUGUAUUCAGACAGACCAUUGUUAUCAGCUGCUGUUGUUGAAAGCAAACCAAAAACAACUUGGUGACUUUACUUAAGCCCUGCCCACCAAAUAACACCACUGUUUACUAAAACUAAGGGUCUAUACUUCUGAGAGAUCAUAUCAUAUAUUGCAAGUAGGGAUAGGUGAAAUCCUUGCUCUUCUGCUUUUGAAAAAGGUGGGUCAUCUAAUGUAGUAAAUUUGAUGAUUUUGUCAGAAUUGACUACUUUAGCUUUUGGUUUGUCUCUGGAAAGUUUACUGCAACUCUCUGAAACUUGUUUGGAGAAGAUAUUACCGGUAAACACUGUCAUGCUUUUAUUGUGACAUUAUUUGUCAUGUGGUGUAACCUGUCAAGUAUUUUCAGGUAAUAAAGAAGUAUUUGAACCACUUCAUUGACCUCAGAGAAACCUUCAAAAAUGUGGUGAAUGUAAACUUCAGCUUUGAAAGUUGGGGGAGGUUAUGAAUAUUUCCAUCCAUCCAUCCAUCCAUCCAUCCAUCCAUCCAUCCAUCCAUCCAUCUAUUUUCUGCUGCUUAUCCCAUUGAGGUUCACGAGGGGGGGAACUGUAUAUAUAUAUAUACUUCACUGUGGUCCUGCUGUAAAAAAAGAAAAAGUGACAUUUGAGAGUGAUCUAACAGAGAACUUUAAACCAAAUCUGCUGCACAGCCAUCAAAUUAACUGCAGUUCACUCCCUCCACUUCAUUCAUCACAUAGUUUCCUGUAGCAGCAGGUGAUUUUAAAUGAAAAGCUAUAAAAUCUACAAUCCACUGACAGUCAGUAUUUUUCUUCAGUAACUGCUGAAUUACACGCCUUUUUCCCCUCAAUUUAGAAUAUGAGCUUUAGGCUUAGAAAUGAUCAUAAAUUAGAUUUUUCAUAACUGCAUUUUAUUACUUAACGUUGUGGAACAUUCAAUUCACAAUUCCUCUUUAACAGCCGAAGCUCUUAAUGAUUUUUGAAUAUAUAUAUAUAUAAAACUCAUGUUCUGUUUCAAACCCUGUUUCACUGCUCCUUUGUGGUGUCUUUUAUGAAAAAUACUCUAUUCAUAAUUUCAGUUGUUAAAUACAGUUAGAAGCCAUUUUCACCAGCAGGUACUGCAUAAAAGAAUAUUUGGACAUAUGAGCACUCGAUGAAUUUAGGUCCCUUAAUGCCCUGAAGGCUUUUAUGCUUCCAGUCACCCAGAAGUAACUAGCUGGCAACCACAAAAAGAGCUGUUUCACUUUUUCAAAAGGCCUGAUGUUCAUUCUCCGCCUCAAUGUCGGCUUUGAUGCAAUUGUUCUGGCUUAUAAUAAAAUACACGCAGUUACAUAAACCUGGCUUUCCAUUUUAAAAUAUGUAGCAGACAUUAUCAAUUUUUCAACUCUUAUUUAAUCAGAUGUUUUAUUGAGCGUAGCCACACACUUCAGAGGAUUCCAAGAUGCAGCUUUAUAUGAUUACCCAACACUUUGAGGAGAGCGCUUUAUACCGUCAGCACGGUAGACGAGCACACUGUAUAGCACACACACACACACACACACACACACACAAUGCAGGGGACACUUUCAUCCACAGAACACCACGGAGCCAUGGGUUCAUACAUUUUUAGCAACAUCAGCCACAGAGGAGUUGCUCCCCUGACGCUGACACUGUCAGAGCCCUGCUGUUCGUGUUUAUCCGUCCGGUGGAAAUCUUCAGUAGGACACAACUUGUGCUUAAUUUAAGUCUGAUUUUUAAUUAACAAACUAAAUAAUCCUUUUAUCACAUGACCGCUAAUAAAGCAUCGUCUUGCUCACAGAAGACACAUCUAAAACCUUCAGUUACAGUUAAGUCUGUGGCCUCCUCAGACCUCCUGUGCUGUUUAUACUCUGUGUUUAAGUCUGUCUGGUCUGAUGAGAGUGAGGAGUGCACUGCUCCUCUCAGGUGAGAAGUCGUCUCUCUGCUUUAAGACUUCAAAGUCUAGACUAAUCGACUUACUCUGAAGCUUAGAACGGCACCAGUGUGUCAGUCUAUUGACUGAAAAACAACCCACGCCGGCCCCUGUCUGCUGCUGAUGAUGACGGUGGCUGUGGGAACAGUUCACUGACACAGAGCGGCUGUUCGCUGAACCUCUGUGAACGUGAAAAUACACAGAGUCUGCAGCAGAACUGAGAGCAUGUUCUUGUUCGUAAAAAUAAUAAGUAAAGUUUUAAUGACUGCCUGAUGAAUAAAAUAAAAGAGAAAAAAAAUCUAAUAAUGACCUGAAGACACUAUUUUAUGUUUUUCUGAUCAAUGUUUAACCAAAUAAAACUAUUUAUUCACAUUUAAUCAUCAUUUUCAAAUAUAAAACAAGAUCUCUGAGAAGUGUAAAAUACUGCACGUGAGAAAAGAAAGCAACAAAAUAAGAUAUUGUUAUUACCAGGAGGGGAGGUUAAACACCAUAUUCAAUGUUGGCAAAUAUCUGCGUCAAUAAUAAAUCAAUUUAAACAUCUUCAAUUGAAUUUAAAUGAGGUGUCUCCAGUGAGAGAAGCAAAGAAAUUCAAUGAGUAAAGAAGGUUUGUUUAAGUUCGUGUGAGGAUUUUUCAACAUGUUAUGAAACAGAUUGAAGUACUGAUGUAUCUUUACAAUAUACAUAAGGGAGUGAAACCAUCAGUAAACAAGAAUUUAUGUUUUGUGUACAGUUGUUUUUCAUCCUUGAAACAGCUGCGAGAGGGUAGGAGUCAGAGUGAUUACUUAUUCCCUGCCAGAGGAGCUGGUCUUCAAAGUUUUGCAGAAAAUAUCUAUAUCUAUCUAUGUUUGUUUUUGUCUGUAAACACUUCUUACAUUAGUAUAGGAAAAAAAUCAACUCAAGAUUAACAUUGUCUAUAGGUGGCGCCAAUAUUGACACAAACCAAGUAUUCUUCACAGGAGCUUGUCCAUGGGUCAAACCAAUAAAACGAUCAUUUAGGUGCUUUUUGCCUUCACUGAUAGGACAACCUGAGAGACAGGAUAUGCACAAGAGAGAGGAGGAAUUAAAUAAAUCAAAUCAUGCAUCUAAAUUUAGCAGACAUUAAACAUUUUCAGCUUCCCAUUGUGCUUGAAUGUGUUUUAAAUACUGUAUUUUUCGCACUAUAAGGCGCACUUAAAAUCCUUUUGGCUUGUUGGAGCACUGCAGCUACCGUAGCCUUGCGGAGUUAUUGUAUGAGUUAAACAAAGUUUGACUUAUCGGACUGUUUUGUUUGGCUUAAUGCGCUUUAUAAUCCGGUGCACUUUAUAAUCCCGUGCGCCUUAUGUAUGAAAAUAGACGCGUUCAUUGAUGGUGCACCUUAUAAUCAGGUGCGCCUUAUAGUGCAAAAAAUACAGUAAGUGAUUGUAGAAUUUUAUAAGACAUCAGUAUUUAAUAAUCUUAGUGUUUUAGAUAUUUGGGAAUGCAAAACAAUAGUAAAGACUGGAAGUCAACGUACCAUGUGUUACAAUUUUAUGUAACUUUAACCAAACUUCUCCAUGGUUGCUCAAAAUGUUAUAUUCAGCAUUCAAGCAAAUGAGCCCUGUAGAUAGUAUAGUUAUAUCUCUGCUUUGUGUUUGUUACAACACUCUGAGGAUUUAUGAGUUAACCAUCUGACAUUCAUUUUCAGAGCUGGAUAAAGACAAACGAAAUGCUCGUUCAGUCCUACCUGAGAGCAGUUGUUCUCACUCAGACAUUAAGUAAUAAGAACCGCAGACAUCGAAGAUAUUUGGCUGCUCCGCUUGUUUGCAACAGAGCUAACUACGUCAGACUUGUACAGUUAAGAGCAGCACAAAGGCUUUACAGAACAAUAAUCUGGUAAUGCUGUUAUUCACUUUCACUUUCCAUCAACACUGUCUGGAGAUGACGGAGCAGACAGGCUCUGCGCCAUAUGAGCUUGAAAUCUCAUUAUUGGUCUUUGGAAUAACAGAAGAUGCAAUUGAAGCUCCUUAACCACACAAGUCAAGCUUUUAGUUUUGCCUUUUGGCCGUUGUGAGCAGAUGGAGGUCACUCCUUAGACACAUGGAAUACCUUGUGUUUAUAUUUACAUCACCUACUGGUGAUAACUACAAUAUGUGUCAGAGAACUUCUGAAGAAAUCUAGUUUAAGGAGUUUGUGCAGUGCUCAAACUCAAAUCAGCUGAAAUGCAAAAUUUGUGUAUCAAAUUUGACAAACUUCAGUUGAAACAGACUUGAAAUACACAGGAAAGCACCAGGAGCAUGUAAUAAACUUGAUAAGAGGAUAGAGUUUCCCAUGCAUAUGCAAAAAUUAGACAUAUGUGUAAACAUGCCACACCAGCUGGAGGCGACAAAAGUCCAUACUGAUGAUCGUGGUGGGGGGUGAAACAGUGUAGCUUGACUUUGUGUGAAAAAAGAUUAAGAUUGUUUUCAGGGAGUAUUUUUAUAUAAACCGUGCCCUUUCCCUUGACUUAGAGACGCUCUUUUAGCGCCUAAAAACUUCCCCCGUCGUGUAGAAUUCCAUUGUUAAAGUGUAACUGCUAUUUCUCCCUAUCACGCCAAAAACACUUUUUGACUCACCCAGAAAUGAAAAUUUGGCCUCAUGGCUAAGCGCCCUGGUUGAUUCAGAGGGAUGUAGCUCUAGAGGCUUGUACACAAAAGCCUGCUGAAGUGACAAUAAAUGCUGGCAGGCCACCAUCGCAAAUAUGGGAAACAAUGAUUAUGUACACUUUCUGUACCAUCUAAAAUAUUCUCCAUGCAAAGCUUAACAUAUGCCGAGUCCUGCUGGAACUUGAUCCAGUUUUAAUCCAAUGAAUUUACAUCCUUUCUGUUAUACUCACCACUUAGAUUAUUUGCGUCUUUCUUGUUUUCCUACUCUUUGCAUCUUUCAAUCUCAUUUCUUUAAGAGGAAGAGAGUGAGAGUCAGAUGUUGGACCAUGUACCAUGACAUAAAUUACUGUCUGAGUCGAUUUAGCUCAACAAGAGGAAAGAAAGCUAAAUUUCAAAAGGAUUGGUUUAACCAUUGAUUUAUUUUACUGUUGUUCACUGUGGUGCUGCUGUGUAUGGUGCUGGGUGAUGAUGUUGAUUAAUGCAUCAGACCAAUCAAGUGUUAUGUGCACUUGCUUUAAAGGGAUAUUCCAGUGUAUAAUUGAUUUAGGGUCAAACACAUCGUAACACCGAGUUAGACAACCCCUUCAGAUAUGAAUGUUGCCAACCGCUUGCUUCUCUAGUUAUACCAACUUUAGUAACGACCGCAGGAUAGCAAUACACAAUAGUCUGAGGAGCCAUAAACAAACCUCAACAAAAACUCCACUCUAUAGCCACGAAUAAUGCUCAGAACAGCACCUAACUUCAUCAACAGUACAUAUAGGGUCCCAGCCACAGCACUAGCCACCGAACAUCUUGUUAACUUUGCCUAAUUUCUUCAGCAAAGAGACUAAAUACAACUCACCUACUCUCUUCCAGCAGCCGCUUGUUUGUAGCGAGACCUCGGGCCAGUCCAUUAUGGACUGCUGCGGGGUGACGCAGCUCAAGGAAGAAUAUUUAUGAUCAUUUCUUCAUGGAAAUGCAAUCAGACCGAGAGUCGGGGGCCAGUACCAGAUAAGCACAUGAAACUAUAAUCCAUAAACGUAAGGUAAAAACCGAGACCUAAUGGUGCUGUGACAGCAACGCUGAGAUUGAGUUUGAGACAGUGAAAAUACAUAUAGUAUGUUGUAUCUGAACAGGUUAGCUUACGAGCUAAAGUUACUUAGCACAGAUGAAACUUAAAACAGAGAUGUUUAACAAACUGUUAAAGCACACAAACAAUCGUCAUAUGAGAAAUCCGACGCUAUGACUCUCCACAAGUCGUCCUUCAGGUCGUUAUCUUUGUAAUGUUUGUCUUUUUUAUCAAAAAGCACUCUGUUCUUCGACACGUAAACAAUCAGCUGGUCGGCCAUGUUGGAUAUACCGGUGAAUCUGACGUCGCAACAAGAUGCAAUCUGAUUGGUCAGAAGUGGACACACAGUAUGCGAAACUUUGGAAAAAUCGAUCGUGAUGCCAAAAAAAAAAGCUGCAAUAUCACAGGACGGGAAAAAAUGGCGCUGAUGUGAACGCUUGUAGUGACAGGAUACGAGUUCGAAAAAAAAUAUUGACGUCCGAAAUAAUCGCACCAUAAAAACGCUCCCGGUGUGAAAGGACCUUAAGGGCGUACGAAGAUUGCAUAGCUCACGUGGGGAUACGCUAUUUGAGCCGAGUGUCACCACAGCGACUCUCCCACUGAAUGUGUACAACACUACUGCGCAAUGUUGGUUUCAGGAAAUGGAGAAAAAUUGCGGAAAUACCGAUGGCUGUUUGGCUUCAAAUCCGUAUACUGGCGGAAGGCGGAACCAAGUUGUCCACACAGUCUAUGACUGAACCCUUACCUUUUGAAACAGUGCCAAUUGUUUUCCAGGACCCUUGGGAAUAACAAAUUACGCACUACUUCUUUAUGUUCUGCAUGGAAGAAGUCCAUAUUUGGAACAGGAAGAGAACAUAAAUACCCCCCUUUAAGAGGAGUCGGGGUCUUAGUUGCGCCCCUGCUCAUUACCUUUUUCCAGGAAGCGUUGCGUAACACUCAGACUUCGACUUUGUAAAUAAGCAGACGUUAACAAGUAGGAUUACAGGCAAACUGUGGACUUCCCGAAACAGAUGCUACAACUGAGCACCUCCAAAUGAAUCAGUCCCUCGCCUGCCUCCUCCUCCUCCUUUUUCCUCCUCUCCUCUCCCUCCUCCCCUCCUGCACAGUCGCUCCCCUCUGACUACACUGUACACACACUCUCUCCCCUACCUCACACACACGGACGCCUGGACUCUGCAGCGUUUUUAAAGAGAGUGUUUCCAGCCCCGGAGAGAAGGGAGGAGGAGGCAGGAGGAAGGAGAUCAUGCCCAAAUCCUGACCGUAUUCCAAAAAAAAAAUUAAAGACACAAAUUGUCACAGAAAAAAGGCUACAAAUCGGAUGGAUCCGAGGUGCUGUCGCGCGCGCUAAAACACGGUCAGAGUGUCAUUGCAGACAUGGGUCGCAGCGGUACGGCACCUUUCGCUCAGCAGCUCCUUGGGGAGUGUUUUCACUGUCAGUCCUUCAGCGCUGGAAAUGGCGUUGUGAUGCUGAGCAUGGAAGACGCAGCGGAGGCGGAUGCCAGGGAAUAAAGAAAUAUAUGGUCACCUGUGCUUUUCUUUGGGUUGGAUUUUUAGUAGCGGUGGACAGUACCAUGGUGAAUUAUCAGAAAUACAUAACUGUAAUGCAGCUGGCUCUGGGGGUGACCGCCUCCAACAAAGAACAUUGUCUUCCACCCAGGAAGCGUAUGUGGUGAGUAUGAAUCUUGGUGCGGAUGAUGAUGAUGAUGGUGAUGGUGAUGAUGAUGAUGAUGAUGCAGGUUGGGGAGGAAAAAAUGAAAGAAGGGGAGCCGAGCUUGUUUCCUCCCACAUCUCGUCAAAAAUGAUACUACGGUGCGCGCGCUUACUCUCCUAGAAAAUGACAUUAUAUUCAUUUGAAGCCACUGCAGCCAGUCUGCACCAUGUUGGAAUCAUCUCAAACCUCCUGUGGUCGACACACACAUGCACGCGCACGCACACACACACACACAUACACAGGAUGUAAGGCAACAACUCUGCAUGCGCGUGUGAAGUCCAGUGGCUCGAGCUAAAGCUGUGUCCUUCCUCUUCCUCACUUUGUAAAGUUGAAUGCGUAGGGAUGAUGUCAUGGCACCAUCUCUGUUUCUUCGCCUCCAACUUCAUGUGCUUUCAGUGUAACAUACAGGGCCUCCACUGCACUGCUGGAGGAGUCACCAUCGAGCUAACCAUGUGGAAAACCAUCACCCUUCCUCCUCCUUCUCCUUCUUCUCCUCUUCCUUUGUGUUGUUGCUAAUAAAUAAAAUGCAAAAGCAUGAAACACGAUCCUCUCCUCUCCUUUUCCUUCUGUACACCUUUCAUUAAACAUUUCUGCCAUUACUCUCCUCUCAGCAUGUGUGUUUGUGCCUCGUCUCUCCAGUGUCCUCAUUACUCUGUGUGCCUGAAUGCUACUUAGUAUAAUGCAGUGACCACAUCUCUCACUCUCUCUCCCCCUCCUCCUGUGGCCUUGUUCAUUUGUUUACUUUAAGACUUUUCAUUCCUUUCUUUCUCCUCCUCAGCUGUAGGCAGAUUGCUGCCCGAGCUGCAACGUGUGUGACAUAGUAUCCCUAAUUACGACUGGAUUACCAUCUUGUUUGAAAGCAAAGCUGGUUAAUUAGGAGUCAAUGGGCUCAAUGGCACCCUGAUAGGGAAAAGUGUUUCCUCAACUCCAAACGUAUCGCACAGUGUGGAUCAUUUACCCCCAUAAUGCAGUCACACUGGCAUGGCUCCAGCUGUGUGAGAGGCUUAAACUGUUAUCAUCACCUCUCUAAAACCAAACUGAACCAUUUCCUGAUCCUUUUUCAGCCCCUGAAAACACUGAUUCUGAAAAUCUCUAAAGCGUCAUGUUGUCUGGAAAAAGAUUACUACGAUCAGAGGAGAUUUACAGACGCUCACACAGACACAACUUGAAUUUCAUAAUAUGAGAAACUUCCCUCCAGGUUUUCACUUUUCCUGUUAUUUAUUUGUUUUUUAAUAGUAAUCGUGGCUAGUUUUGUCUAAUAUACAAGAACAAGACAUGCACUACUCAUAUCACCGUAGUCAAAGUGCUGCUGUGACCUCAGAUGGGGUCACAGUCUUAUCACAUGCAGCUUUUCCUAUCUGUGUCUCUUUAGCUAAUCAUAUUCCUGAGUCAUCCUCUUAUUAGCCUAAUUGACCCCCCAGGAGGAGAUACAGGGUUACACUUUGACUAAGGACUCCCUUCAUCAUGUUUCCACGCUUGUUGUUGUUUUGAUAUUUAUAUCUCCAUAUUCAUGUAAAUUUUGGGAAAGAGCUACUUGCCUUAACUAGAGCAGUGCAUGGAUACAAAAAAAGGCUAAAGUAGUUAUGUAACUGAGAAAGCUCUGACCACGUUGGACUGAGUCUUUGAACCAGCUGGAGUGAAGAGCAGUCGCCCAAUUUAUGGUGACAUAAAGUGGAAAUAUCAACUCUUAUUCAUCAGGAGCACUCUCUAUUCAUGUGUAGUAUUUUAGUCUUUAAUUUUUAUGUGUCAUUUAGAAGACAUUACAGUGAUUUUUUUAUGAUUCGUUCCAUUAACUGCACGUUUUUUAUCACAACUAAUUAAUUGUGCAAAUGCUUGUAAAAUCUGGACAUUUUAAAGAAUUUUGCAACCUUUCCGUUAAUCAGCAGUUUGAUAUGAAUAUCAGUUGUAUUCAAGUUACAGUGUUGCCAUGAGAUAAUGCAGUGCUGCCUCUUUGAGCAAAUCUGCAUUUGACUUAAAUGAACAGGGAGAAACUAACUUUGCGUUACUAACUGUCUUUGGACAAAGGAAAAAUUACAAUUAUUAUUAUUUGUCGUGACGUACUAUUAUUUUUACCAUGCAUACAAUUUUACUAUUUGCGUUGUAUAGAGUGUAAAUACUUGUGUAUUAUCUCUAUAUUUUUACUUAUUUAAUCUAUUUAUCUCUAUAUUUUUACUUAUUUUUACUUAUCUAUUUUUUAUCUCUUCUUUUACUGGAGUACUGUGACAAAAGCAAUUUCCCCCUUGGGAUUAUUAAAGUGAUUCUGAUUCUGAUAACUGUUUUCAUACUUAUCAUAGUAAGUAUAAGUGCGUCAUAACAUUACAAACGAAAAAGAAAAAAAAACCUAAAAAAAUUAAUAUUAAAUACUGGUGCUUAUAAAAAAAAUUACGCCUAUAUUUUAAAUCAAGAUAAUGAUAAGUUGAGCUGACAGAGUUUGUCCUGUAGUCGACCCGGACUGUCAGCCAUUUAGUGCAUGUCAUGUCCUCGAUUCCUGUUCCUGUCUUCAACUCUUCUAUCCAGCAAUGAACGAAAACUUCAUCUUUAAUCAAGAAAAAGAAAUUAAACAAUAACAUUUUAAAAUCACACAAUAACAGCUGGUUGUAAAACAUAACUUGCACGGUAAAAAGCGUAGGUUUUAAAAGGUACAUUUUAACAUAUAAAAGAAAAGAGGAUCAGAUGUGGUAAACCGAUAACUUUCAUAGUGUUGAAACCCUGUUAGAAAAGCUUCACUUGCCGCCAUACUAGUUGUAACAGUGAUCGUGCUUAAAGUGUAAGUCAGAUUUUCCACCUCUGUGCCAUCCAUCCUUUCAUGAAUUUAUGAGAAAGUGGUAAAACACGUUGUGGUAUUUUUUAUCUCUUUCCAAAAAGUGCUGUUGUGCUGAGACUAUUCAAUGUGCUGUACGGUGUCCUUAUUUGACAGGCUUUUAUUAUGUCAACUUCUGAGUAGAGACCUUGUAACACCUGAAUGAUGUACAACCCUCUGACAUUGACAACUAAAUAGCUUAACUUUGUCACAAACACAGGUGAGUUUCAGGUCAAGUACAGCGGCGCUUUCUGACACCUAAUAAAUCUCUAAAAAUAACUUUUAUUAUGAUGAAUGCGCGGCGCUAUAAGAAGCUUCAUUUUGUAUAAGCUGUCUUAUUAAAGCUGUUGUUCAUUUUCUUUCAAAGACUCGCCUUUGUUAUGAGAAAAAAUGACCCUAAGUGUCUCUCUGUUUUAGAGAAUUUAAGAAAAAGUGGUCCAUAUUUUUCAGAAGAUAAUAUCAAUAAUUUAAUUUAAGUUACCAGUCAGAUCAAUAGAGUUUUGUACCCAUUAAUACUUGAAUCUGUUCAAAAUUACACCAGACACUCACUACUAAAGCUGAAACUAUUACAUCCACGGCUGUAAUAGUCCAUUCCUGUUCAAGACUUUGAUACAUGUAAUUCCCCAUUUUUCUCUUAGAGAUCAUCAUGUCAUUUUGAGGUAAUUUAAUCGAACUAUAAUUACUCGACAUCUUGCAAUUAACAACAUUUCACCACAACUCAUUCAAGAAGUUAUUACAAAUAAAAGGAAAAACCUCAUGAGGAAAAAUUGGAAAGUCGUUUCCUUCAUUUUCAAACACAUGUAGCUCAUAGAAACCAUAACUAAACUGUGUAAAUGGAAACAAAAUGUGUGUGAAGGUAGUUAAUAAAGGCAGUAAAGGAUCUUUGAUGAUGUGUGACUUCCCUGACAGAUGGGAGAAAAAGCCUCAUUGCGUGGUUGAAUCCUGACUUUUAGGAAUCCUGUUUUAAAGGUUGCUCUUUACAUAAUUACGGCGGUAAUUCUGUCUUAUUUUCUGCUCAAAGCUGCUUCCUGUUCCGUCGAUCUCACAGUAUGUGGCGACGAGAUGAGACACCGCUCGACCCCAACACUUCCACCAUCUACCAAAGAGAAACUGUGAGCACCAUGUGCGCCCUUUUCUCCCCAAAUUAGGAGGAGGAACAGCUCUGCUUGGCUUUGAUAAAGACUGGAUAGCAGCGGCAGCAGCAGCUCUCCAAAUUAGGAUUAGUCUUCUGCAAACAGAUGUUCCUCUUGCCUGCAGUCUUAAAAACCCACUCCCCCUGCACACAACCAAAGAUUAGCAUUAACCUGGCUUAAUGAACUUUACACUCUGUUGCAGGCCUGCAGGGAUAAUACAACAGUUCACAGUUUAUGUAAUACGUCCUCUAAUUCUUAACAUGCACCUUUUCUCUGAAGCAGAAAACAAACAGACAGAUGAUGUGCUUGGAAAUUAGAGAUAACUCAUGUAGGCUUUGUCUUUUACGGUGUUUGUGUCUUUCUGUGUUUUAUUACGUCUGUGUAUGUGUGCGCAGGAGACACUGAACAGGAUUGCUCUCCUUGUUAAGUGUUAUAUUAGCAGUGGCCGAGAUGGAAGGAAUGAAGCGUAACAUUGCCUAUUGACCUGCUGAUUAAGCAGUAGCCGUUAUUGCUCGAACUAAUCGUACUUGAUGGCUUCUGGAGUCAGACUGAGAGAAAAAGGAACAGAGAAGCAGCAUAAAGUCCCAAAACUGACUUACGUGUGUGUGUGUGUCUCUUGUCCUUUUCUUUGUAAUAGCAUUGGGCAUCUAUUUGACCUUAGCUUAUCUGUGAACCACUGUAUCAGGCUCCGGUAGUGGAUGGUCUAGUCCAUCAAGGUCUGUCUUAGCAUUGAUCAGGGUUCAUUUUCUCUCGGUGUGACUUUCCUUGUUCAGAGACUGCUAAAGAUCCAGUUCAGUCACAAUAUCAAAGUCACGAAGCAAUUUAUUUUGUCGUUAACUCACCACACAGAAAGUGAACUGCAAGUACAGUCCAAAUAAAGAACUGAAACCCAUUAAAGGGACCCUAGCCAACAAAGGGACUGUUUUCCUCCUUCUCGGAGCGGGGAGUACUGUUAUGAGUAGUGUGAUCUAGAGAAUCUGACAAAUAUGAUGUUUUGGUGGAUUGGACAACAACAUAGCUGAUAACCAAUGGGAAAUAAAAUCUGGAGUGACACCAAAGUACAACAGAAUAUUUGGUAACUCCUCAGAGUCGGCUUCAGAGUCCCCUGGGGGUCAUAAGACACUGACAGGAGUCCUUCAAAACACAAAAUAAGAAACAUUGAAAUGGUUUAGAAUUGCAUGUCUGUAAAAACAAACACUAAUAUGCCAGAUUUUUUUUUUAAACUUUUUACAUAAUUAACAUUAACCUACUGUUUGAUGAAAAUGUGUCAUUGUAUCAAAUAAAACUAAUAGUGACAAAUGGUAAUGUUGGCCUCCAGACACCUUCAAGCUUGCUUGUGGGUGAGCACUAAUGAUAACUCCUGUCCAGCCAUAGCUAAUAAAUAAUUUAGUAUGUUGUCUUAAUGUGAAAUAUGGCCCCUCUCCUCUCCAGACAUUAAUGUUUCAUUGUUGUUUAAGUUGCCGAAGAAUGCGGGAGCAAUGAAACGUAAAUGAUUUGUUUUACCUUAUCAAAUACAGCACUGCAGCACUGAAAAGGCCUUUUCAUGCCUGCUAUCCACCCAUAGCAGGAGGUCAGAGGGAAGACUUCCAGAUAACUUUGUUUAAAGCUCCUAUGAGGAUAUUUUUUACAUGAAUGAAGUGGACCAAAAUUCAUACUACUGUCUUUCCAUGAUAUCCAAAAGCAAACAAUAACAUCAGCGUCAUGACUGGUGAUUUUUAUAUAUUAAUUUUUGAUGCAUGAAACUGAUGUUCGGGGUAGAGAUGUCAGCUGUGCGUCUGUUUUUAACAUUCCACAUAAAAUAUUCACAACAAAUAAUACAUUUGAUGAUCAAGAGUCACCAGGGUGAGAGAUCACUACUCAAGCAUGUUAAGGACAAGAAUACUAAAUACUGCUUUGUCCACAGGGGGCACUAAAAUUGUCAAAACUGAAAAGUUCCUCACAGGGGCUUUAAUUGAUAAAAAUCAUGCAUACAGUGUCUCUUAUCUAACAAAAAAGUAAAAAGAGUCACCUUAAAAAUACAGACUCAUUCUUUCAUCUUUAUUAUGUGUUAAGAUGUAGUCACAAACCAUUAAAGUAAUAACAAAAAAGGAGUAAAUCCAUUUUUUUGGUCUUUUCAUAUGAUUGAUGACCCAUAAAUGAACAUUGCUGAUACUUUCAUUAUGAAUACACUCCAAAACAAGUUUAUAUUAGUCAGCUAUGCAUUUACCAGUGGUUGAAAAUGCACUCCUAAAGAUCAUUAAUGCACACAUGAUGUCUUGUUUGUUUAAUCAGUACAGAAACCAGAGUUCAGAAUCUACUGUUUGUGUCACUGCUGGAAAUAUCUCUCAGCCUGCAAUAGAGACAGGAGUGAAGACAAAACUCACAGAAGUCGCAGCAUCAGGAGAAAUAGACCAGCGUAUUACAUUUGUUUAUUCGAACAAGUUCAACCAUUUAGAUACAACAAAUAACAGUGACCUGUGCAGUUGACUGAAGGUGUGUAUAGUAUCAGAGCCAGGCUUACUGCUGCUCUGCUCCUACACAUAAACCUUUCAUGACUGUAUGAUAAAUAUGAAAUUUAAACCCCUUUUGAACUGUAUAUCAAGUGUACAGGUAUGAAAUUAUUAUCCUCCAGGUUAUUUUCAGUAUAUUUAAAAAAAAAAGCAACAAUUAGUGUAAAAUUCUGUGACAUUAUAUAAUAAAAAAGUAAGAGUACUUUUGACUUUGAAAAACGCUGGCACUGGUUUUAGGGUCAUAGCCUUUGCCAAAUGCUGCUCCUUCUUGUGUGGUUAAAAAUGUACAUAUGAUCAUUAUAAAGUAAAAGGAAAUGUGACCAUGAAAUCCUGUAGUCUUAUAUACUCCAACAAUCCUCAAGUGAAACGCUUUACCUCCAUUCCUCCAUAUUUAAUAUAGAGCAAGAAUUUAUCACACACCAGAUGUGAGAACACACGGCACACUAUAUCUGAGCUGCACAGUUGCUGGCACGAUGUUACAAUCUGCCUUUGUGGCCUCCAGUGUUUUGGCUGAAAUCCAUAUUAGAAUCAACAUCCAAGAAAUGAGGCUCUGAAUGCGCAGGACUGCACCGGGCCUGCGAUACAGUCCAAGCAGCUUUUGUCAUUACUCAUGUUUGCUGUAUUGUUUAUGAGAACAAUCUAAGGUUGCUUGUAAUCGACUGCACGUAUCGCAGAAUGCUUUUACCUUUAGCAUUUCCAUCCUGUAAGCACCUCACACCGCCUCAGGCAACUAUUGGAUUAAUGCAUAGAGAUAGCAGAAGGUGAUGUUCUUUCUCUACCCAUCUUUGUUCACUCCUUUCACACAUAAUUUCCGCGGCUGAGUCUCCAAACCUCGGGAGGUCUUGCUGCUGAGCACACUAAUGGAUAUCUACUAUCCCUGAGCUGCACUGUGUAGACAGGAUUUUGCCUCAUUGAAUAUUGUGUUAGGUAAAUCCUCAUUAAGAGUGACUGUCCUCUAUGGCACUGAGAGAUAGGACUGGAGAGAGGCGACAAGAAGAAGACAGUUACAAAAGUACAAAUUGGAACUCCAUUGUGUAUUCAUGGGAAAAGCUUUUUCUGGGCUAAUUUAAGCUACAAGGAGCUGGGUAGACAAAAAAUCCUGCAGCCUUGACAGCUCGGUGUAAAAUAGUGUAAGAGACGGAGUAAAAAUGGUGAUCACAUUUUCCUAAAGUCAGAGGUGUCAUCUUGAUAUUGCAUGUUUAAACAUCCAAAGAUAUUCUUUCUGAGGUGAUGUUGAAACUAACAUUACACAUACAGUUUUGGCACUUGCAGAAAAGGAAAAGUACUUUUACUCUUCUUGAGAUGUACCAGGAAUGAAAUUUCCAGCUUCAUUCAUCCCCCAGAGGUGAAACAUUUAAUGGAAAAACACCGCACAUUACACAGCAAUUAAGCGACGAACAAGGCAAACACAAAGGAAAUGAGAGGCAGAAGGUUGUAAUGUGGUCAGCAGGGGUCCAACAGUGCUGCUUAAGUAUGUCAUUUGUGAAGGGUAAAACAUUUCCUGAGAGAAUUAGAUGAUAGGUCAGCCAAGUGUGCCUCCUCCCCACGUCUCACCAUGACCCAGCUACAGUCUGGCUGUGUCGCCUACAGAGCUCCAUGGGUCCCUCUGUGUUUCGAGCCACAGCGCUUCCUGCGCUCCAACAAGCUCCCCUACAGGGCUGCUGUGACAUUAAAUCCAAUUAUAGAUUUCCUUAAAUGCCAUUAUACCCAGCAGGGGACUGUGGCCUUUUGAAAAGCAGAAAACAUGACCAUUGGUUGUGGUCUUCUUCGGUUGCGCCUGUGGCAAAAUGUCCCACUGUGAAAAAGCAGCCAUGCUGGAUGUGCACUUAAACUGGCCCUAAUGUAGUGCUGUUGUUUAUUUUCUCUCUCUCUCUUUCUAUGUGUGUGACCUCAGGAUACACCCCAGCCCGACUGCCGGCUCCGUCACUGCAGGUUCCUCCAGUACCCAUCAGGGCAAACCAUCACUCCGCCGCAUCAAGGGUCGCAUUCACCGGAGCAAGAGUCUUGACAGCAUUGAUCUCCUUGACUCAAAUGUAAGUAAACUGACUCAGAGGAAUGUAAAGUGCAUUAACAGGUAGAACCACAUGACCCCACUUACUGUUUAAAAUGAACAGAGGAAGCAACCAGGCAACCUGAACUGUUUACACACAUUCAGUCAUGAGAGAGAAGCAGUGAACCUGAUAGAUUGACAGAAAGCUCUCAAAAAUCUGCUUCAGGUGUAAAAAAGCUCUGUAGAAUUUAUCCUGCACAAUAAAAUAGUUCCUCUAAUGAUUAUGUUUCUGAAUGAUGUGCAAAUUCUAAAAAACCCAACACCAUGAUAAUGUCUGAAAAUGAAUUCAACUCUAUCCCAACACUGACACCAAAGAGUUGCAUUAAGGAAAAUAAGAGUGUAUUCAUAUUGGGUAUAAAACAUUCAAAUAACAAGUAAUGAGGAGAUAAACACAUGCAGGAUUAGCUCCAGUUGAGCUUAUUGCAUGAAUGAUUUGCAACAAUACUUACAAACAAAACAAAAAUGAUGACUGAGCUUUGGGUGAAGCACAAAAAGUUUUGUCCGUGUGCAAGGGCAUUUUUCGUAGGUCACCCCUCAUAUUGACAGCUACACAUUCUGAGGCUUCCUCUCCAGUGUGAGCCCUGAAUACUCAAUCACUCCUGAUCUGAUGGCACAUUUUGAUAUAAGUCUCUCUUCAAAUUUGAAGAAAAUUAAGCUUCUGGUUCUGUCUGGCUCUCCUAAAUAUGAGGUUUGGUUGGUACACAAAAUGUGUUGAAAUUGUGUUUUAAAGUUCUGUUUUAAAGACCCACUCCGAUAAAAAUCAUGUUUCUCCUGUUGUCUACGUGUUCAUAUUGCAUUUUUAUGAUGCUAGAAGACAUAUCAAGAGAAAACUAAGAGCAAAAUUGCAUUUCUGAGUAUUUCUGCAUUGAAAUGACUGUGAACCUCUGGCAGACCCAAAUGGCAGGUUCAGACACAGUGGGACUUUCUAUGUCACAAACCUAGGCUCCGCCCCCUGUGCCCCACUCUGCAGGCCAGACCCCGAGAAGUAGAGAGGGACAAUUGCAGAACAAGUGUGUGCAGUAGUGGAUUGGUUUGCUCGUAAUUAUAAUAUUAGCUUUUAUUGUGCCCUCAAAGAUAUUGGUGUUCAAGAGCUGAAUAGCUCCUAUAUUACCCACCACUUCUGCUGCACCAGCAAUGUUAGGCUACAAGCUAGCAUGAAGAGGAGUGUGCAGAGCAGCGCUGUCUCCGCCCACGACUCUAAGGCGAGUUGCUAAUGCGCUACUGGAACUCUGCAGAAGAAAAGCCCGUGAAAAUGAUACAGGUAACAGGAUUUUGGCUAAAAACUUCAGAAUCACAAUUUAAAGACCACUGAAAAAACUUUAAAUGUGAAAAAAAAAAUGCGGAAUGAGACUUUAAACAUGUUUGAUCAAGUUAUGUUGGGUGACUUUAGCAAAAUAUGAUCUACAUUGGGAUUAUAGGAGUUUCACAUGAACAUUGCUGGAUAUUCUUCUAACAUGGCGAAACCUUCCUUUGCGUCAACACAAGAUUUUACACUUGUAUCUGAAAUUUGCACCUAUUUCCAGUUAUUAUUCUAAGCUAGUAUUACCAGCUGCUGUAAAGUAGUAUCAAAAUUGUUAAAAAAUCUUGGCACCUCAGACAAAUAGGGCCUGAGUCCACUCACAGCUUUAUUUGGCUGGGCAACAUUAGCAACAACAAUGGAGGAGGUCCAUCAGAAGGAGAAAUGAACCACAUUCUGAGUCUAAAGCUCCUGCCAAUGCUAUAACAUGACUUCUUAUCCGUUUGUCUUCUAAAUUGUCGUAGACAGAAAGCAAAUAUGGAGCAUAAUAAUCAUUUCAACACUGAUUUAACCGUGAAACAACAAAAUGUGGUCAGUGGGCAAAGGCCCUAAGGUAAAGAAGUUGAUGAAGUUUUCCUGUCAUUAAUCUCAAUGUACCACAACAUCCUCCGUCACACCUGAUAUGAAACUGAUGGAGUGAUAUCAGAUGUGCUAAAAUCAUUCAGUUGUAAUUGUCCAGACUCAGAGUUCACUGUCUUAAAAUCAGAGGACAUUUGUUUCAAUCAUUAAGUUUUAUUUAACUCACACUAACAGGCAUCUAAAUCCUUAAAUGCCAGAGUUGUGCCUAAAUGCUCAAUAUUCACUGAUUCAUUCACAUGACUAUCCUGUUGAGUGUUUUUAAAUAUAAAAGGAAUAUUCAUACAUAAAAGGUUUUAAUUCUUCCCUUCUGAUGUUUAUAAAUCAAAGCAGAUAUAAUCAUAGUGCUGGCAUGUACUCUGUUGUUCUCAGACAGCGCGGCAGACUGCUGGAGGGUCUCAGCCUCAUGGGAAUUAUAUCAUGAUGACAGCUCAGCUAUGACCUGACUGUGAAUUCAACUCAAACGCUCCAUCUCAUUACAGGAUAUCACAAAACCUCUCAGCUGGUUGAAUUACUGAUAUAAGUAUCAGUCAGUAAGCUUAAUACAGGUUUUUAAGAGUAUGUUUUUAUGAUGCAUUUACCAUAUUUACAGCUGCUUUUACUGACAUCAAAAACAAUAGGAAAAAAAACUGUUGUCCGCCCUUAAAUUUCAACUUAAAUAGCAAUUCAACUUGAUAGCAACACUAAUGCUGUGUCAGAGCUCUAAGCUUCUCUAAUGCACUGAUUUAUUAAUGACACAUGUCUGCAGAUCUGUGAUGCUGCAUGAUGAUAACAUGCUGAUGUCAAGCAAUUAUAAUGUUUACCUUGUUCCUUAGCUCAGCUGAGCAUAUUAGCUUGCACAAGCACACACGAUGCAGCUGAGGACAUUAGGAUAGGAGAUAUUAGCUCAGAAAUCAGGGCGAUGUGUUUGUAGUUUUCAUUAACAGGACAGAGAGAAUGAGGGAUGGGGAUGAAAUGCAUGAAAUAAAGGCCGGUUGGGAGUUGAACUGUAAUGACCAGUGUGUUGAGGACCUAGCUGUAGUGCAGUGGUUCUCAGUCCAGUCCUCGAGACCCACUGUCCUGCAUGUUUUGGAUGUUUCCCUGCUCCAACACACCUGAUUCAAAUGAUCAGCUCGUUAUCAAGCUCUAUAAUGGCUUAAUAACGAGCUGAUCAUUUGAAUCAGGUGUGUUGGAGCAGGGGGCUCGAGGACUGGAGUUAGAACCACUGCUGUAGUGUGUGGGGUUGAGUCAAACCAGCAGCACAAACAUGCAUUUUUAAGUAGAAGCUGGCACUGGACAAGAAAUCAGAAAAUUACUUAUGUGAUUACGGUUUACUCAGAGAGUGGCACCAAUGUCUGAGUGUAAUUACAAUCUACUCUGCAAAUGCUGAGAUAUUUUACUUAGAUGGAUAUGUCAACCUUGUGGCUGCCUGAAAAGAAAGUUAUAGGAUCCCAUCCUGAGGGCAGCAUUAAUAUCCUAAAAAAAUACCAGAUUUAACGGAAACCAUCAGGAUUUAUCUACUGGGAAACAUUUUGAGCUGUAUCAAAAUGUCUUUGCAUUGUACAGAAUAAGAGCUCGAGGGGAAAGUCAUUUUUCUUAAGUGGGGUUAUAUGAGGUACUUCUCAAUAGUGAGUGUGUUACUACUGAAAGGGCAGCUGUAGUUCAGUGAUAGACUUGGUUGUCUCUCGACUUGAAGGCUGGUGGUUUGCUCCUCGCCCUGCAGUCACACGCUGAAGUGUCCCUGUAAGACAUUGAACCCCACUUUCCUCCUGGUGAGUUAGUCAGUGGAGUGUUGGAGCGUAUGACUGGGGUUAUCUAAUACUGCCAGUCCCCCAGCAUCCUGUGCCAUCAGUGUGUGAGUCAUAUAUAAGCGCUUGAAGGGGCUGAAAAGACUAGCAAGCACUUUAUGAGCACGAAUGUGUUUAUCAUUUACUCAUCCUUUCAAUACCCACAGGAGAUUCUGGUCAGCUCAGCCCCUUUGUUUAGAAACAGGCCAGAGAACCAGAACAGAGGGAGAUGGAGUCAACUUUACUACCUUUUUAAUAUCUUUUCAGGAACUCUGACCCAGACCCUAAACGUCAGUGUAGGUUAGUGCUCUGUUCAGAUUGUUUUAGUGCUUUAUUUUGCUGUGAAAGCCUGUGUCUGCAGCUGGAUCUUCCCAUUCGUUUACCUAUGAGUAACACACUUAUUAGAUUAGAUUAGAUUAGGUUAUCCUUUAUUUAUCCCUCAAUGGGGAAAUUAGAAUUGUUAACAGCAGCAGUACAUACAACAUACACAGUCAUACCUGGUACAAAAAGCAAAUAAGAUAAAAGAACUACGGUAAAAAAAAGAAAAAGCAGUGCAAGCGGAGAAUAGUAUUUAAGACAAAUAUAAGAGAAAAAAAAGAUCACUGCCAACAAUAAAACAGGUGUUAUUGACAAGCAUCUCAUGCAACCCUGGUUAAAAAAAGAAAGAAUGAAACCAAACUGUCUCUUCAAACUACAGGGAUGAAAGUGUGCCAUGAUUCAUCCUCUUGUGUAGACCGAUAAGUCAGCAUUUCAUAACAAUCCAUCUAAUGCCUGUCAAAAUAUUCCAGUCUGCCACAAAGCGCUUCUUUUCUCUUGCCUUUCAUAAAUCCCUGAAAUUAGUAUGGCUAAAGACACUGAAUUGUGUCGUACAAAAAAAAAUUAAUUGUCAUGUAGAUUGACCAAAAGUCCUACAUUUCAAAAGCUUUACAAAAUCACCAUCCAGCUCCCUGCAUGUAAACCUGACUCUGCUAUGCUGGAGGUGGAUGCUUUUAGGCCGUAAUUGACAGAUUAGUGAUGGCCUUGAUUCUGAGCCAUGCACAGCAUUCAUAAGCCUUCAUCUGAAUGGAAAAGGCAACGUAGUGUCACUGCACCCUCGUAUCCUCUCCCCGCUCUGUAAGUCAUGUAGAGCGACUCACCACAUCACAGUCAUUUGUCUUUAUGGCCUGCCACUCAGAGAGCGCUUCAAACGGCUCCAGAGGCCUCUAUCUCAGCACAGACGGUGCACUCAGCUGAGGGCUCUUGGCCUCUUCAUGGUAUAUUUCUUUUUGUACGGGCUGUGUGUGCACUGGAGGAAAACUUGCUGACUUGCCCAAACUCAAAUGCGGCUGAUGGAAGUAACGGUCCGCCUUACAGUGAGUGAUGAGACUGCAGGAUGCUGAGCUGAGGAGCAGUUUCCUUUGCAUCCUUACCAAAAUAUCACAACAGACACAACAGUGAGCCUCUGAGCAGCUGGAUGAUCUGCAGUGAUUUCAUAACAAAAAAAAAGACCUCGUCUGAUCGACUGUUUCAACAGAAAACUGAAGAUAUUAAUCAACUGAGUGUAUGAAUUUGGGUCCAUAACUAUCAUUGCCCAUCAGCGUAGAGCUAAAUAAUCAAUAGUAGUUAAGACUUUGUUUAUAUCGAUUGCUUCUUUUGAUUGCUUUUCUCUCUUGAUAGUCAGGGGAGGACUUUGGCCCCCGGCCCACACCCGCUGUCAUUUGUGUUGGCAAGCAGCGCACUUGUUCACAGAAAGCUUGAAUCAGAUUUUAGUGCUAAGGCUGCAGAAAGCACAACAGAGAUGAAGAAGAGGAGGAGGGGGUGACUAACAACAGUCUUUUAUGCACUCGAUGCCUUUGUGUAUUGCAGGAGUUAUUUUUCUGUGUUCAUCAACAGCAGCUCAUCUCAUCUCAAAGCAGCAGCGUUUACAGGAUUUCUUAAUGCUUCAGGGAGACGCAUUAGUCCAUCUGUUCAGGUGUUACACAAACUCUUAUUCUGUGUAUUAUUUACACCAUGGCUCGCUCGUAUCCAACCGCUUAUUUCUGCUCUGAAAGAAGAAACCUGAGGGAUUUAUCCUGAGAUUUCCAGGGUAUAUUCCUGCUGUGUGUUCUUUUUCCUCAAGGAUUAAUGUUUGUGAAUGUGUUGCUUAUUCCUUUGUGCAUUAUAUUUCAUCAUUAAGCUGGUAGAAAAGUAAAAAAAAAAUGUGCAAGUGUACAAACCCUACUAUGUGUCCUUGCUGAUGCGAUGUUGGAGCUAAACCCAGCUUGCUCUUUCCUUUGGUGUUUUUUUUUUUUGUGGGAAAAGAUGUGUUUUUGUUGCAGUAUUUUUUCCUGCCCUCUCAGCUGUUUUAGAAAAUGUAAAAGCAAUGUUUACUGCAGAGACUAUAACCAGGUGAGUAGCUGAGAAACUAUAAGAGUGUAUCAGCAGGAGCAGGUGCCGCUAAGCCGAGAUAAAAAGUGCAAUUAAAUUAAUUACUCCUUAACAGAUCAGGAUCAGUCACUGACCAGGGCUCUGAGCUCCGCCUUGGUCAAAGUCUUAAUCUCUUAUUAGUUCUGCUUGCCCCGUCCCGCUUCUAAAAUCUCAACCUUGGCUGCAGUCUGCCAUGAACUGAGGCUCUCUCCCCCCCCCCAUCCGCCACAAAAAAAGGGGGAAAAAAAGCCUCAGCGUAAGCAUUUAUUCGCUGCUCAGUCUUGGGAAAGUGCUGCAGAUGCAUUUACACAGAGAGCAACUGCAGCUGAAUUAACCAAUCUGCAUAUUCAGGGGCCUGUUAGAGGGAGAUUGUUCCCGUGUGAUGAUGAAGACUUGGAGGUGCACGAGGGGUGGGAGUGGAGAACCUGAGAGAGACGCACCGCAAGGAAACAGAGGGAGAAGAAGGGGAGGGAGGGAGAACAGGAGGGUGGUGGGUGCAGAUAUAUCACGACUAACGCUGUGGGAGGCCUCGCUGGAAGGAGGGGAGGGGGGUUGCUCUGUGAUUGGGUCCUGGUAAGACAGAUCUGUUAUGUAAGGACAGAGUCAAAUGGAUGCUCUUUUUUGUCCUAUAGGUGAUAAGCACAGGGGAUGGUUGGAGGUUGUAUGUGGGUAUUCAUGUGUGUGUGUGCAUGUGCUGCAUGUGUGAUCCCACGGGCUGCGUGGAGGGGGGAUAGCAGAUGUUGAGUUUGUUUGACUCAGGAGCAAGGUUUGCCUAUGGGUGCUCUGAUGGGACAUAUGGCAGGUCACUAAAGUCAUUGCACUGUGAGCGUUUGUGUCGCACAAUUAUGUGACACAUCUUGUAGCAAUAUGUUGGCUUUACGACCUCUGUAGCUGGAAUUUGGAGCAUUGUCGCUGCUAAAAUUACAGGUCUAACACUGCAGAGUUACUGUUGUUUUGUAAUUACACCUCAAAUUUGUGUUUGUGUAUUUUUUUUUUAUAACAAGUAGAUCCUGUUAGCCAUUUUUCACUCCUCAAAAGAUGUUGUGUUGAGAUUACAAACUGCUAGGACCUUGGUUGUCAGGGGAAGAUUUGAGGAAAACGACCCGUGCUUCAGAAUUGUUUUUAUGGUCGGGCCUCGUGUCCCUCAUCUACAACAAAUCAUUUCAAGAGAGACGACUCAAACCCACAUAAAUCCCAACAACUCUAUUGACUUUCCCGCAUGAUUUAUGACAAGAGGAGAGAUGUGGACAGUAAGCACCCUCAGCAGCUGAGGAGGAGUGAAAAUGUAGCACUAAACCAACAUCGUGUACAAUAUUUUCCCUUCCAAAAAUACAGUCUGCAUCUAUUAAUACCACCAUAACAAGCUUUCAUUAGGACUCUGGCCUGUUUUCAAAGAGGGCUUGAUGUUCAUGUUACCACCCCCCCUUAUUUAAGGGUUAGAGCAUGGGGUCAUGUGAAGGACAAGCAGCAGCAGUGGGAUGAUGUAAUGUUUGUAGGAUUCAAGAUGGUGGCCAUGGAGGGGAAGUCAAGCAUUGAGAAUAAAACACUGGAAGGUUGUCCUGAGACAACUUAAUCAAUCACAGGGUUUGAUGUCCUCAGCUGAGGACGCUCGGUGGAUUACAUUGUCUGCUGAUGGAUUCUCCUGAGAUGAACACAUUCUGCUUUUCAGGAGCAGAUAUUCAGUCUCUUACUGAUGCAACCUAAAGAAGGUUUCACGGCAAAAUAACAUACUUUAGUUUGAUUUCUUUUACUGCUUCUGAUUUCUGCAACACCAAAUAUCAAUGGGAAAGGAUUUGUUUGUGUUACUGUCCAAUGAACAAAUUUUCAAUAAGCGUGGCGAACAGUUUGAGCUGAGGUGUUUUAGGAAGGGAUUUUUUAUUUCAUUCGUGCAUGCAUGUUGACUAAAAAUACAGAUGCAUAAUUUUCAAGCCCUUUAUGUGUCAUGAUGUGUGUACUUUUUUAUGUUCUGUUGGAUAUGUGAUUAAAUAAUGCACAAAUAUGUUUCUGCCCUUAUAAAGAAGAUAGUUUUAUUUUUAUGUACUUUACAUUUGUAAGUGAAUUGCCCACAGAGGAUGUUGGUUGGCUUUGCCCUUUUGUUAAAACACUGGCUGGAGACCUUUCGCAGAAGUGAGGCUAUCAAUCGCUGCAGUCAGUGUCGACUCUGUGCUGCCGGCGGAAAAACACAAAUGUAUCGCACCCGAGAUCGAGCUCAAACAAAUGGGUUUUCUGACAGCGCAGUAAAGCACUCAUAAAUUUCAAAACAGAGUAUUGUUUUACUUUUAAUAUGAUAAUAUAAUGAUGCACAACUCCAUAAUUCUGUGUACAGCUUGACCUGGCCUUUGUAUAAUGUCUAAUUAAGGCAUCAAAUUAUGUGUAAUCAUCACAGAUAAAGACUGAAAAACAUGUGAAUUCAGAAGCUUUUUCAGAACUUCUGUGCGUUGAGUUGGAUGAUGAAUGGAAGAAGACAUGUGUGCUGUUCAGCAUUGUGUUUGUCUGCUGUGUUAGUUUGUGUGUGUGUGUAUCACCCAGCCUGCCGUGUUGCUGGACAUGUAGGAUGUGUGUUGAUGCCCAGGGAGGCACCAUAUGCUGUUUAGACUCAGGAGCAUCCCUAUCACGGCGCACCCGUGGGUGAACAUCCCCGGCUCCUUCUUGUGUCUCCCUCCAUCAAUUCACACGUGCAUCAUCAGCCAGCGGGGGCUGCAAUCACGCAUAUUCACUUUACUCACGCUUGUUUUCACGCCAUUGUGAAUAAUUCUCCAUCUAGAUCUCCUCUUGCACGGAUUCGGCUCAAGAUGGUCGUGCUGAAGGCAGAUGAACAAUGUUCAGCUGAAGUCCUGCAGAGGGCAGAGUUUUACUACCUUAAUGUGUGUGCAGGCCACAGAGAAACAUCCAUGUUUGCAUGGCUGACGCAGUAAGGGGAGGAGGGAUGGCGUGAGCAGUUGUAAUAUUGGGUUUAGAGGAAUGUGUAGCUUUCAUGGGGGAAGACGGAGCUUUACUAGAUUCUUUUCAUGAUGACGAAGAGUGAGCAGUGCAGCCUCUGAAACAGGCAGAGCUGUUAAGAAGAGGAUGGUUGUGGUUGGUGAUGUCAAGCUGGCAAACAAUUUAAUCCCCCACAAUCGGAUGUAUUGGAGAGGGUGCAGACUCACAUUAUUUCCUGUAUUGGAGGAGAAAUAAUCCUGCCCCCCCCCCUCCCUAAAUUGGGUUCAUCAAGAAGUUGUGAUAAAAUUAAUUUUCUGUUCAAAUUUGAGGCGGUGCAAAUUCAUAAUAUUUUCUUGCUUCUCUACGCAGUGCGGUAAAGUAUCCCUGGGUGAUUUUUCUCCCUUUUUCUCUCCUGUCUCUCUUACCCCCAUCACCUGCCCUUCCACAAUACCCCUCCAGUCAGGUCCGAGGGGAGCACCUGAUCCCACACCACACAGGCCUCUAAUUGCCUCACUCUCAUCCUGAGCGAGGCUGCUCUCUUGGGGGGAAAAUCAUGAAUAGAAAACCUUUUAAAAAACCAAACUCAUCCGAAAAAGCCUUCUAAAUGAAAAAUAAAGAAGAGUAGAAAAUUAAUAACUUCAAUGAUAGGUCACACCAGAGGUCAUACUUUAUAUGAGGUGAAAACCCAUAAAUUGAUUUAGUAAUACAGAUAUAUUUUCAAUAUAGUAUUUAGAGGCGCAGUUCUGCAGUGUUCAGAUAAGUAAGUCUCCUUCAGCUGACUCUGGAAGUAUUUCUUCUUAAUUCAAACAAAUAAUUAAUCUGCUGCCAGUUUAAGCUGUCUGUCAAAUCACUUUCAGAUUGAUAAAAAUCCAUUAAAAGCUUUUAUUCUCCCAAGAGGAUCCAGUUUCUAUGAUCUGGUGUUGAAAAACAAAAAAACAACUCAGCUCACUGUUUUGCUGCAGGUCGUCUCCGUCUCACAUGCAUCCACAUUAACUGAUUGGAAUAGUUCAUCUUUAUUAGCAUCAGAGCCUCGUCGCCUCCUGGAAUAAACAUACUUAGGUGAUUGCUUCUUUGCUACUGUACAUGAUGCUGUAGUUAGAUGCCGAGAGGAUUUGGAUGUCGCUGGCCUCUUGUCACAUGAUCCGCAGGGCUGGGGGAUGUGAGGUCAUCCUGUGUCACCUGAUACGUCUGAGCUCUCAGCUGGUGGUGGGAAAAAAAAGAUGAAGAUUAAAGGUUGGUUUUGGGAAAUCUUUACAAAUAUGCAUUUCCCUCCUGAACAUGGAUUCUGUUUGUGGCUUUCACAUUUUUAGAUCAGGAUAUAGUGACAGUUUGGUGCUCGGCAACCUCUUCCUGUGAGCUGAUGAAAACGUUUGUGCCAAAAUUUUGCAUCAUUCCAUCAAACGGUUCCCUUUGACGUGGAGAGUUUUAUUAUUUUUGAAAGAACAUUUGGCAAAGGAGUUUUCAUGAUUACUACACAUACAGAUAUAUCAUGUGCACAAACAGCCAUAAGUUUAUGAUGAUUUCAAUAUUGUGGCCAGUGCUCAGAGGAUGACUUAUUUUUCAGUUUUCAACUUAAAUCAGAUCAGUUUUGGUCACUCGCUCUGAAGAGUUUUGUAGCUCACUGCUUUAGUUUGCUCUUGGCUGCGUAAAAACUAAAAUAUCAAAAAUAUUUGCACUUGUUUUUACCUUACCUCACACAAUUAAUGUGAAAAUAAGAUGAACUUUAUUGACUCCACACAGGGGGAAAUCUCUUGUUGUGGUGGCUCAAAAGUCAAAAAAGAGAGUAAGAUGUCAUAAAUACAAUAAUUCAAAGUAAUCAGAACAUUAAGGAAAACGAUAGAAAUACUAAUAAAGAUCAAACGUUACAAUGUGAGCCUUUCUCUUUUUCAGAUGGGACUUUGAUGGCUAAUAGUGCAAAAAUGGUUUCCUUUGGGAUUCAGUAUUAGUCUUGGCCUUUGUUUUCACUACUCAGAAGAUAGGACUGCAGAUAGAGUAGAAACCUGGAAAGAGAGCUGGAAGUCGUAUGCAGCAUUGAGCUGCAGGUUGAAUUUGAACCUGUUCAUUUUAACCUCUCAUCUAAACCCAGAAAAUUAGUUUUUUUUUGGAAACAAUCAGUGUAUAACUCCAAAAUGUGCUCUCUUGGCUCAUUGUGUUACUGGGCUUCUGUGUGUGUGUGUGUGUGUGUGUGUGUGUGUGUGUGUGUGUGUGUGUGUGUGUGUGUGUGUGUGUGUGUGUGUUUUGUUUUUUUGUUCUUUGAGGUAUUUUUUAAGUCCACCUGGGCGAGGCAUAUCUUUGUGUUUGACAGUAACCAAAGCAGAAUUAUAAUUCUUUUCUUUUGCAAUACAUAAACGAUGUACUGCGGACUAAAGCUGAGAUAUCUUCUCCUUCUCUGAGGAGCAGGUGUUUCAACCACACAUGGUAAAUUCACCCUUCUUAAAAAUGGACAGAGAUCAUGAGGCUUCAGCCACACCACGCCUCCUCCAUGUUUCAGCUGUGAUUUUUACUGCUGCACAUCCUUAACUCUGCUUUCUCGAGGUCACACCUUGUCCUUCUAUAAAGCGCCUUUUGAUAAGUGUCCUUUUAACUGCUGACUUUACAAGAUAUCGCGUGCUCAUUGGGUCAUGGAGCCCGCUCUCCUCCUCUCUUUCUCUCUGAACAUGCUGCACCUUGUAAUACUACGGCUUUAUUGUGAAACCUGGUUUGAGGAAUUUUUGCUCCUAAACUAAUGGCUUGGCUGUCAAAUCAAGUGUGCUGCUUGGAGGUCAGCGAUGCCGACAGAGGAUGACACAGAAAUCACAGAAAUACAAGCCUUUGUACAGUAGCCAGCUCACUCCAUUAUGAGAUUACACUGAUGUACUCCAAUUUGUAAAACCAAAGACUGGAUAACAAGAUAAGAAGCGUAAAGUUUCCUGUUUCAUCUUACAGCUUUUGGCAACACCUUGUCACGUCAUAUCAUGUAUUUCCUCACCUAUCUAUUGAAUGAAAACAUUUAUUUUCCCCUGCUGCAGAGCUAUGUUUAACGUCUGUCAUGUCAUUUGAUAGCUGCAGUCAUUAAAGCUCAUAGAUAGCCAUUCCAACCUUUGCUUAGUCAGCCGUUUUCCUGACCUGCACGGCUGUGAGGUGACUCGCUCAGCGUCAGGGGCGAUGCACUCUAAAAGCUCGACCUGCUGUGAAUUUCUAAUUUACUUUUUCCACUCGUGUGAUUUGUUCCUGCAGUCAUGCUCUUGUCUUGCUUUGGAUCCUGUCUGUGCAUCUAAAUGUACUGAUGGGGUGGGGGUGGGGGCGGAGGGGGCUGCAUAAUUCUGUUGCACGGCAUGUGAAACUCCCUCUGUGCUGUUGGAGCCAGCGAUGCAAACACAGUGGAAGCUGUAACAGAGGGUAUUUCAAGGGCUUGGACAAAGAUACAUUAAGCAGCACAAACUCUCAUCAAAGCCAGUUAAUCAGAUGCAGACUAUAAGAAAAAGUUUACAUUCAUGCACUUCCAGAGGGGUUUGAGAGCUUAAUUGCAUUUUUCUGCUCCAGUACUUUGGCUAAUACUGUAUCGCAUGAUAACUAAUGGUGACAAUGGUAUGUUCGCUGACAAGAGUAAUUGCAUUGCAAAGGUGGUGAGGAUUUACAGACUACAGAUUUACAAACUAUGCAAAGUGAAGAUCACAUGCAAAAGUCUGUAACAAAUGUAAAUGUGCAAAAAGGGCUGCAAGAGGGAGACAUGCAGGAAACAGCAGAAACAGCUGCAUUAGAAGCUGAUGCACUUCAUCUCUUUUAAAGGAUAAUGCCAAAACAUGCAGAGAAAUGUGCAGGUAUAUAUAUAUACAAAAUGGCCUGAAUUUGUCGCCUGUUUAUCCUAAUAUAAAUAGCUUCAGCCUUUGCUUUCGCCGGCCACAGUACAACUGCCAUCAUCUAACCAUAAUGACAUAAACUACCCUCUCAGAUUGCCAGUGUUUGCUUUUUAUUGCUGUAGAUGGGACAGUAGGGGUGCAGGUCUCAGAUGCAUUUACUUUUUGUGAGGGUUUCCUUAACCCCACAUGUUUUACAGCUGCUAUUCAUCAUAUUUUGUUUUCCCACAGGAUACAUAUGACUGCCUGUGUUUAUCUAAGUCUUAUGACCUUGGCCAACCCUCAUUCUUCUAUUCAAGAUGCCCCCACCCUCCUCUUCCUCUACCACUCUUCUCUCCGUCUGAUCCUCCAAUGGAAUUUGCAGCGAGUCUCCCUACGUCAGCAACAUUGCAGGACCUCUGUGCUCCUCCGGCAUUACAUUCUGCCCCUAUCUCCUCCUGCACUCAUUAGAGACAGAGGUAGAGGUGACAAGAACGGUCACACAAUCUCAAAGUGAUAAAACACACAACAAAGGCUGCUGCAGGGAGAGUGAUGUACUUACAGAAAAGGCCGGCGCAGAAACUUAAAAAGUGCAUGGGAUGGAGUCUUAAGAGUGGUGGUUUGGUGCAGUGCACAAUUUACAUUCUACUGUAUAUUGAUUCAAUCUGUAUACCCCAUGGGAAGGAGUAUUGAGCAUCGUGACUGUAGGCUGGAUUUUAGUUCUAUCCUCUGCAUUUUAAAUGGCUCUAUGCAGCAUGUCAUUACUACUUAAGGAGCUAACCUCAGCUUUCCCUGAGAAGAGUUUGUUUGCUGUAGUUAAAAAUGAAAUCCACUUCAUGUAUUUUCAACCCAAACGUUUUAAAGAAAAUGUAAAUCAUCUUUUACCCUGAAGGACUCUAAUUUUCAUCCACCAAAUAAAGGUUUGCAGGAACAUAGCUGCUUCUUCAUAUCAUAUACUUGCACACACUCCUGGGGUUGCAUUAGAGAUAAAUAUUUUGUCCUUGUCUGGCCCUUUGUUUCAGAGGAUGCCUAAUCAAUCACACCCGACUUAUAUUGACAUCUCAUUUGCCAUAUCAAUACUCAGACCUUCUAAACGUUGGGAGGUUCUUGUCUUAGAUAUUUCUUUGACAGCAGCAAAGUUAAUGGAUUUUUUCAAGUUGAUGAAAACAAGAUAUAAGUUGAUGCCACUUUUAUUUGAAAACCCUUUGUGUUGUAUGCUGCUAUAGUGGCUCUGACAAAGUGCCAGAGUAUGUUUUUGUUUGAUCCAUGACACAUAAGUGCUGCAAUAAAGUCUAGUUUCCUCACAAAAUAAAGCUUAGACCAUAGUUUUAUGUACAAUACUCUCCCGUUUGCUAAAGUACAGUGCAGCUUCCCUCUCACCAUACAACCAUAGCUCUCAAUGAUCAAGCUCUUAACAUUUAUAUUUAUAUUCUUCGGAAUCAAAUUGAAAUCAUAUUAAAUUAAAAAACACAAAUUAUUUGUGUUUUUGUGGAAAAAUAAAGAACUGUACAGUGUUAUAACAAACUGCAAUGUAAUAAAAGGUUGGUCCAAUAAAAAUUAGAUUUCACAGAUAUAAGGCAUAUUGAGGUAGUAUAAUGGAGUUUUCUGUAAUGACAAUAUAGAUUUUUUUAUUUCAUUUUUAUUCAUUUUUUCAUACUUUAUUUUAUACAGUUAAUAUUUAAAACUUAAUACAAACAAGGAAAAAUCUCAAACAUGUGAAUGAGAAGGAGCAGAAAGAAGAAAACUCUUAUAGAGUCGUCCUCUUGUUCAUAAUAUAUUAAUCAACUAAACACAAUAAAAAUAAGAGCUGCAGCCAACAUGCUUUUUUAGAGUUCAUUAUUUAUUAUUUUCAAAAACAACCCACGAAUCGAACAGAAAAGACCACGUUAAUUCAAAUUAUUUCACAAAACAAACAUACCAAGACUUAGAUUAACAUAUUUCCCUGUACAUACUAACAUACUGACACUUUUUUGAAAAUAAAAUUUGAUUUAGCUUCGUUAGUUUCUUUGUUCAGAUUGUUCUACAAACUCAUUCCUCUAACUGUAACACAGUGCUCUUUCACUUUAGUUCUGAAUUUUGACUUUUUAAAUAUUGUAUGGAAGUAAAUCUGUGCCAUCUGAUUUUGAAUUGGAAUUUUUAAAGCUGAUUUUUUUUGCAUCAAAAUCAGAUGUUGAAUUUUGAAACUAUUGAAUUUCAAGCAUGCAUUGUUAUUUCUUACACUUAUUUUUUUCUCAGUGAUGAAAUAUAUUCAGUGUAAAAAAAAAAUCAGUCUCUCAAAGAUUUGUUUAGUAAAAAUUCAACUUAAAAAACAUAUAUAUUUUUUUACACUGAAUUUAUUUUACCAUUGUGAAAAAAAGUGUAAGAAAUAAAAAUUCGAUGGUUUUGAAAUUCAAAGUCUGAUUUUGAUGCAAAAAAAUUAAGCUUUAGAAAUUCAAAUUCAAAAUCAGAUGGCACAGAUUCACUUCCAUAAUAUUUCAAAUCCUUUUAAAUUAUAACAACUUUUAAAAUCAGCUCUGGAUGUUGACUAGUAAAUUUUUCCUAUGAGCUUUAUACAUAAUCUGCAAUAUACUGAAAUCUACUAACUCACUGAAUUUUAUCAACUGCAAUUUAACAGAAAAUGGGUUUGAAGGAUCUCUGUAUUGACUGGUUUGUGAUAUUUUUUUCUGUAAGUCAGGAUGUGUUUUUUAUUUGUUGAAACAUGCAAAACUAAUAACAUGCUGAUAACAGUCGCAUCCAUCCCUCCAAAGCUGUGGUUAUCUGGGACCAUUAAAGCUGUAUUAUUUCCAUCCUCAUCGACGACCGUUUGCUCUUGCGCUGGAAUGGCGCUCGAUGUUGCAGCUGCAGAUGCUGCUGCUGCUGCUGCGAUCAGCCUCUCUGCAUCCCUGUUUCCCUGUUUCCACCCCCCCCGCGGACAAACAGGAAUGGUUUCUUCCAGGCGAACCUGUCACUGUCACCGCGGCGGUGACGGCAGCCGAAGUGUGAGAGCAGAGGGGGGGAGAAGAAGGCUUCAUCCACUGCCUGCCAUUGCAGUGCGGCGGCUGCUGCUCUGGAGCCUCACCAGAAAAAGAGCUUUUCAUUCCUCUCCUGUAAGAUUUUCACCAGCUCGUCGCGGGGACUGUUGCUUUCGCGAAGGUGAAUUGGUUUCUCUUAAUUCAGCCGUGAGUACAUUAUUCGGGAUGUUUCGCUGUUAACCGCAGGAGCUGACUGGAUGUGUGUGUCCCCCCUGCGGAUACGAGCGAGCUAUAACGGUGCGAGCCGAGGUAACUUAGCUACCCCAGCUAGCAAACUGCAUCUACGUGCUAUAUGCUAAAAGGUUAGCCAGCUGCCCAAUAUGCUAACGGUAUCUUCUGGAAGCAUGAAUAACGGGGCUCGUUGUCGUCGUUUUUAUUCAGCUUGCAUAAACGUUAACGGGGAGUCUCGAAACGCCUCUUAGCCGAGCUGUCAUCAGGCUGACGGGUUGUUCUCUCACGUCAAGUGCGCGGAGCGUCCAGGUAACGUGAGCUAGGAUGAGCUAGCCCUGGUUAGCUACUGGAACAAAAUGUCGGCCAGCUUGGGGUUGAUUUGACCAAGAGGGUUUUAAAUGGGGUGCAUGAUGAAUUAAAAUGAUAGAUUUGAAGAAGUGGGGAAAAAGGGGGUGAUGUCGUAAGCUUGUCUGAUAGAAAUGUGAUAUUUGUCGGCUGAAUUAAAGGUGAGGUCACGCGCGGGCUCACCUUGUUUUGAUGGUCAACUUGUGAAAUCGAAGUGGGUCUUCUGUGGAGCUAGGUAGCACUUGGCUAGCGUUAGCUUGGUGACUGGGGUUAGUUUGAUGGUACUGUGUAUGAACAUUUUCCUGGCUGUCAUAACACUGUCUGUUUAUCUCUUCGCUUUGGAGAGGGGCUCUACACUUAGUUUCUAUAGUGACCCAAACCAAACCACCUCACUCUAUAUUCAGCUCUGUAUCUGCUUACACACACUUAAAAACAGUGAUCACCUGUUGAAUGUUGACUAAUGCUGGAUAGUAUCGUUUGCAGGAAGUCAUCUGUUCAGCUUCUGUUUACAUUUAGUGUGAACUGCUUUUUACCACAGCUUGUAUGAGUAGACCAUGUAUUGUUGGUUCAUGACCCGGCUGGGAAGUACAAUAUGUAUAAAAGAGAGUUAAAAAAAACAUGUUAUAGUUUUACCUUGGAUAGGUGCAGAGCCAAAAUCACUCAGGUAUAAUUGUCUAUCAUAGUACAGUUACCUCUGAAAAACAUGUUCCUGUACAUAGGGCUGGGCGAUAAAACGAUGACGAUAUCAAAAAUUAAUUUCCCUCAAUGUCAAUAUAAAACAUGGUCAAUACCUUUUUCAAUGUUCAGCAUACUGCCAAGUUUCAGUAGACUAUAUGAAAAGCCAAUGAAAAGGGGAGUUUCUCCCAGCAUGUGCUGAAUCAGCACCAAGUAGCAAACAACUGCGUAGUAGCGGGCUGCAGCUACACACAACCAUAGCACCUUAACAGCGCAACACUUAACGUCAAAGAGACACAAAGACCUCACAGAUGCAGUAGCUUAUUGUAUUGCAAAAGACAUGCUACCAAUAAGCACUGUUAAAUUUGAUUUUUUAUAUUGUGAUAUGUAUCGACAUCAAUUGAUAUGAAAAAAAUAUAUUGUGAUAAAUUUUUUCCCAUAUCGCCCAUCCCUACCUGUACAUAAUCAUCUUACUUCUCCACCUCCAUAGGUUUUAAAUAAGUACUCAGUACCUUGAGUUUAUUUCAAAUAAGGAAAUUUUUCCUUUUGCUUGAAAAGAGAAACACGUUGAAGGAUUUACUUCUGCUUAUGUAGGAAGUUAUUGCAUUCACUGGAAACAAUAACUGUAGUUUAGUUCUUGUAUUGUGUGUUAGCAAACAUCUAAACUUUGAGUUGCCAUUUGGUGGAGCCAUCCUAAUGUUCAUCGUGCUGUGGAAAGCGCCAAAGGACAUUUAAGGUGUGCACUAAUUGCUCCAGAUGUUGCGCACAAGAAGCCUUUUGUUUUUUGACUGCAGGCUGGUGGCUCGAUUUGUGUUUGAUUUAUUGGAUGAAUGAAUAAAUGGAUUGAUUUAUUCAAAUUAAGUUUUUUUUUGCAUAUGGAAGUUUUAUAGUUUAAGCUUAAUGGAACAAGUAAAUGGACACUCAGCGGACAAGCAGAAAAACUAGCCGAGGCCAUGAGUGCAUAAAAGGUGCAUCAACACCAUUAAAAAAAAAAAAAAGCCCAAUGGUUAAGUUUUAGUGCCGUAUACGUAAUGAUGGAUAACAGUUGUUGCAGUUUAAGUCAUCCCCUGAAAGAGUUGAAAGAGUCCAUGAAGAUUUCAUGAGGCACAUAUUUCAGUGGGAGUAUGAAUUUUUUACUGCACAUGUCAAAGUUGAACUACCCUAGCGUGUGAGUCCAUGGUUUAACUAUCUAUCAUCGCUGGUCAUAAGAUGGUAAUAUUGUGGUUGGGCAGGGUAAGAAAUUCAUUACAUGAAGCAGAGGAGGCACAGACAGUACAGAUGAUAUUUGAUACAACCCUUGAAUGUUUUUUUGCACGAUUCAUCUGAUUCUUUAUCUUUAAAUAAUUCAGGUGGUUGUGUUGUGCCUGGGAUGAGAGAUGAGGAGAAUAUCUAUCGGUCCAAGGGCAGCCAUACAUGUUGGCCUGUAAAUCAUGUCGCCCUAAGCUGUCACAGGAGCAGCAGUCAUCUGAGUCAUUGUGGUUUUGGAAGGACAAGUGUAUCCUGUAUUUUGUCGACUUACAUCAUAUCUGACUGCUGUUUUAGAUCCCUGUGUAUGCUUGUAGAUACUGUUUGUAACAAGGGGCUUAUCCAGUUCCUGAUUACAACAAACCCACGUCACGACAGGCAUGAGAAUAAGACUGCAUUGCUGGAUAUUAUGAUGUGGUGACACAUGGUGCACAUCUGAGAUACUAAGCUUUGUUGUUUUUUAAAACCUCAGGUUUUCAUUUAUGAUAAUCCUUAACCAAAAGGCUUAUUUUAUUCAUUUAAAAGAGAUCAAAGUUCCCAUCCUCAGAUACUUAUUUUGAAGGGAUUACUGGUAUAAAGUACAGGAUACAAUGACCAAAAGAUUUUGUGUGACUGAGCCCUGCACAUGUUCCAGCGUGAGUGAUAGCCUAGAGGUGACAAUAACAAAAAUGAAAGUGGUUUGAUGAUUAGUCAGCCCUACAGAAGUACUAUGUUUCUGCUCAAAUCAUACAUAAUCUUGUGAUUGGUGUCACUUUGAGAUUUGUACGCACUUAAAAGCUGUGGCACGUUUAAUAUUCUCUGCACCGCUCAUCUCCACUUCUUUUUUUUUUCUUGGAAUACUUUUCUGUCAGCCACUGCUGCCCUGUGUAAUCCUCUCUUUCUUCAUGUCCUCUUAAAUGCUAUUUUGAAGGGUUUUUGUGGUGGCAGGAUUGCAACUGCAGCCUGGGAAAGUUAUUUCUUAUUUUUCAAUGUUUCUUUUUUUGUUAUCUAUUUUACCAGAUAAGGAAUUGGACAAAUUAUCAUUCAAAACCUUCUUUAGACCCCUUCAUCAGCAUUUUGUAGGUCAGACUUUAAACAGGCUUUUAACUUACUUCCUCUUCUUCUGUAUUUAUUCUUUCUCAGUUUUAGGAUCAUGUUUGAAGAUAAUAUGAACUUCCCUCCUAUUGGGAAGUAUAUUGAUCGCUGCUUGGACUUUGACAGGUUGGCAGGGCUGAGACUGUCUUACCUUUAACAAAUAUAACAAAGUCUAUGUUACUGUAAUACAGCAAGUCUGCACGUUAGCAUCUAGCACAUUUACAUUAUGGCUAUAGCUCCUGUAAUGAAGAUGCCUGCCCACAUAAAUCAGCCCCAUCGUAAAUUCCAGUUUGAAAGGGUUGUGGGAUUAUCAGGAGGAGGAGGCUUGCAAAACCUCUCAUCAAUCAAAGUUCAGCGUGGUCCUUCUUUUUCUUUAAACGUGGAAACAUCCCUUAUCAUGACUGUUUUUCAUUGGCUGCGUUGUCCUCAUUUCAAUCACUGUGAUGGAGAAGAGGCGGGGUGCGGGUCAGUAGCUCAGCUUAUCAGCACAUUCCUGCCCUCUUAUGUGCUCUGUGUGGGGCACUGAUAACUUCCACAGGGUUGAUUGAGUUCAGGGGCUGAUUUGCUGGUCCAUGUGUUCUGGACACACUUAAACCCUGGGUGUGACCGCAAACUGUGGGCUGUGGGGUGUGGAAAUAGAUACUGCACAUAUUGAGCCCAAAUGAAAGGUUUAGAUUUUAAAAUGUAUUUAUUUUUUGGUGGAAAUCGUUCUUGGAGAUAAAGAUGCAAUUUUCUCUUUUAAUAUACAAUUAGCAUUUUUGGUAACAGCAGCUUGAACACAGCAUGCUAAGUGCAAAACACUGCCUCAUGAAGUGGACCAUUUAGCAGGCAAAGGCCCACUUCUCACCUUACUGAGCUGGUGGAGACCAAAAACCAAGUUGUUAAGAGAAAGUUGUUUUGGCUUAGAUUCUCCAGGUGGAUGAAGUUUGUGGUCUUUAGUGCUUAGAUGUAGCAGUUCAUAACUUUGAGGUCCGAGCAAAACAACUUUGAAAGUAAUCAGUCACCUCCAGGGUUUUUCCUGCGUUCAAAAUUGCGUGGCGGCCGCCUCCACCUAAUUUUGUGCCGCCCCCAGUCAGAGCGAUUGAUUUCGCUCAACACAGCGUAAAGCUCCAGCUGUGUUGAUUGAGCGAUUGAUGUCCCGAUGCAGCAGCAACGUAUUUUAACUGCAGUUGCAGCGUUUCGCCACUAUAGAGGCGCUAUAUCAACAGCAGUGCACCGGAAAGACUUGAAGCAUCUACCGAAGAAGAAACGGAUCGAAUCAUGUUUUUUCAAGUGUUUUUCCCGCUAGUUGGUGCUAUCGGCGUCCUGAUUUUCCCUGGCGGAUGGUACAAACAGGUAAAUACUGCUUCUCUUUUUUGCAUCCAAGCAUGUCGUGUUUAUUUAAAAAAAAAGUUUACUCCGUUUUUAGCGUUGCAGAUAUGACAGGCAAAAUCAGCCAGUACUUUAAAAAGCGACCUCGCGAGGAGGAAAGUCAAGAGUCCAGGUGAAACACAGCAGAGAAAAAACGUAACAGGCAGUUAAAAUGCUAUAAUUCAUGUUGGUGACAACGUGGAAAUUUGUGUCAGGUCUGAAAGUACUUCACAAGGGACUGGUGAUCGCGAGGGUCAGAAUGCAGGACAGGACGAGUCGGCGAGGCGAGGGUAAUUAAUUAAUUAGUUUUCAAUUAGGAGCAUAACAACGCAAAGCCAACGUGUACGUGGUUUUUAUUCCUCUUUCCAGAUCUUCUCAAAAACACAGAGCCAGUGGCUUUGACAAGCAGUGGCUCAAUCAAUUUACCUGGCUCAGGCAUACUGAGGAAUGCAUGCACUGCUGUUUAUGCCAAAAGCACUGUGCCCCAACACAGCAGGCAAUUGCUGCCUCCUUAGUGAGACAGCCAUCAACCAACUAAGGGCUGGACACAUUAAAAAGACAUGAGGUGACAGCCAUUCACAAAGCAGCAGAAGAGAAGGAGAAAUAUAUUAAAGAUGGUAGUACCUAAAAAAACUCAACUAAUAAAGUUACAAAAAAUAAAUAACAUAGUUUAGAUAGUUUAAGAAAUAAUUGGUUGUCGUUUUUUUUUUUUUAGAGAGGACACUGCAGCGUAUACAUAUAUAUGAUUUAAAACACUAUCACUCUUCAUGUCUGUAUCAGAAUAAAAACAAAAAUACUUAAUGCAUGAUGAACUGUUUUGUUUAAGGUGAAGACACCUCUGCGGAACAGACUGAAGGAGAGGCACUUGGAUGUCUGUUGUAAGGUGGCCGUUGAUGGACCAGACCAGGAGGCCUUGGACUACAAGGAGUGCAUGAGGAGGUUCUACAGAAUGAAAAAGAGGAGGCUGAAAUGUUCUGUCUGGUUGUGAGAUGUGUGGAUGAAGUGUACUUUCAAUUUAAAGUUGCCAGCUGAUUUGUGUAUGUAUAUAGUUUUAAUAAAUGAAUGCUUUAACAUAAUAAUGGUCACACUCUUUUUUUGAACUCUUAACUUAACGUAUGUUGCCUGUAAAAGAAAGUGAAUCGGUUGAAUUUACAAAUACAUGCACGUCGUGGCGCACGGUCAGGAUGGUGCCACCUCCGCCUCAAUUUGAGCCAGGAAAAACCCUGACCUCUGUUUAUAAAUGAAAUCCAUAGCAGAGAUAAUUUUAUGUUUCAUGUCCAUGUAUCAAACGAAGUGUCAGUGUAACUAGAUACUUUAGAUAUCAGCCAAUAUUGUUCAAUUGCACUGAUAUGAACACUUUUUGUGUUAAGGCAUGGACAUUUUUGAACUGACAAUACUUGAUAAAUGAAAUUGUGUAUAAAGUGAGCACACGGUACACUUCUUUGGCAUCAAACAAGAAGUACAACCCAGUAUUAUAAUGGCUGAAACAUGACACUAUGGCGUUAUUGCACCUGUUUUUCACACCAUUUUCCACUUUUUUGCGCUUCUUAUCUUUCAACUUUUUAUGACAAACAAAAAACAAGUCCAGACAUUGAGCUUUAAAGUUAAUAAGAGCAGCAACCCCAGUUGUGUGAGCUAAGAGUCCUGUGAUGUUCUACAUAAUAAAAGAGAUCAAGUCAGGAGACGCUGCUGUUAAAAGCACGUACUGCACCUUGAGCCAAUGAGGAAUGCAUUUAUUUGGCAGAAUAAUCACACCCCUGUGUUCUGUAGUCAUGAAUUAAAUAUUAUAAUAGAAGACAUAGUAGUGGCUAAACUGCUGACUUGUAGUGAAUAAGGAGCUGGAGUUCUCCAUAUGCCUCUUUUAGUUGAUAUAGAAAUAAUUAAUUUGGUGGCCGGUGGGCAGAAGGUAGUAGUAGUGGGAGUGGAGAGAGCAAACCAUGUGUGGAAUCUGUCACCACACUCUGGUUCUCCUCUGAGGGAUGUAAAUUUAACUCGCCUCCUUUGCCAGUGGUGACGUGCUGUCUGUCAGGCUUGUCCAGCUCGAUCAUUAUCUUGACUGAUAGGUGGGAUGUCAUGACCCACUUGGCCUUGUGUGUAGUUAAACCCAUGUUCUGAUGAUGAAUCUGGGCCAAACACUUGUAAAAAAAAUGUGUCGCAUGUUUUCAUCCUCCCUCCUGUCACUACACUUUUAUGAAUGAUCGCUGUGUUUUUUCCUUUAUGAUUUUUUUGUCCUGUAUAGUCAUAGAAAUCUACACCAUCACAAGUAGAUUUGUCCUCAGCUGCCUCUUAACCUUGGAUACACACUGCGUUCAUUUGAGUGAUGGCUGCAGGGUUAUCUUCUGGUAAUGGGAAAGAUGAUACAGCAGCAUGUGCCAAUGAUACCCGUAAAGUGGUGUGAGUAAUAACUGUGCAAUCGAUGUCAAAAAUGUGGGUGAGCAACACUCAGUUGGGAUGUUAAACUAAGCUAACUCGAGCCGUUCAGUCGAAGAGUACAAUUCCACGUUUAUCAGACGUAAAUGCCGGCUGUUGUCUUCUCAGUAUGUCCGGUCACAAAGGUUGUAUUUUGAUAAAGGAGGCGCCCGAGUUUGUAGCAACAUCUGUUUGUCAUGUGUUUUCUUUCAGUGUUGAAGGGGAGGAAAACUGUUGUAGGUAGAUGGAAACUUUAUUAAUCCUUUGUGGGAAAUUUCACUUUAACGGCAACUUCAAUCACAAUCAGAUUAUAGUCAAAAUCAUAGUUUUUGGAGUCUUUCAGUGAAUAUGCAGAUUGACAAUCCUUCAGAUACUUAAAGUUGCCUGAGUGGAUGUUUGUGCAACCAUGCAGUGUGGUACUCUAUACAAAAUAUUGUGUCUCAGCAGUGAUAAGGCGACAUUUUCUUAUUCACAAAAACAAAAGUAAACAUUUUUGACCACAUUAUUUUUGUUUUUAUCAACCACUAAAUACUGCUUGUACGGAUGCUGAUGUAUUUUCCACUGAACAGAGCAGACUCUCCCGCAUGAUUCAUCACAAACUGUAGUAAACGGUUUCUAAUCAGUGUCGUUUUAUGUGCUACCAUCUGUCACACUUUCUCUAUUUGUGUAUUCAUUUGUUUAUCUAAUGUGGGUGUACAGUAACAUUGAUGCUGAAACAUUAACCAUGCACACACACCUCCCAGAUAAAGUGUACUUGGUGUUUUCUAGCAAGAUGCUAAUUUGUAACGCUUGUCCACCAAGAAAAUCCAGAACAGUGAAGGAGACAGUUUAGCAAAGCUGAUAAAAAUGUCCAAAAUGUCCAAAAAUAGAGGGCUAUAAACAGUAAAUCUUCUGAUGUGUGUGUCGUGUUGUUACAGAGGCAUUAGAUCUGCAUGUUUAUGAAAUAAACCAAAUACAUGUUCUGCUGCUGUACUAUGCUUACUGGCAGAUGUCAGGAUUUCCUGAGCAACUCGCUUCUUAAUAGGGCCGUUAAGUUCUUGUUUUUUAACCAGUUAAUUAUUUAAACUCUUUGUAAGAAGGGUGAUCAAAUAGUGAUGAUGUUGUACUUUGAAAAUAAGAAUUGUGGUGUCCUCUCCUGUAGUUUCUAAUGUAGUCAGUGUCAUGGUCUCACUGACACGAUAAACAUAAUCUAUGCAUGUAAUGCAGCACACCUGAGGAGGAGGAGGAGGUGCAUAUGCCCUCCAUACAAAGAGAAUUGAUAGAUCCUGCUCUGGUUCACCGUGGCGCUUCAAGGGUUAAGUCCGAUACAGCAGUUUACACUGCGGAUGGAUGUUCGCUAGUACAGAGGAGUCCCAUGCUGUAGCGGAACUGCAGAUCCCACACAGAUCGCUGCCAAGCUAGAGGGGAUUUGCUCCGAUCCCAUGAGCGUGCAAGAGGAGAGCUGGAGGGAGAGAGAAAUUGUGAGUGAAGAUGUUGGGAGAGGACACAGACCCGUUAGGGUGUAGCAGCGAGGUGUGUUUCAUAACCCCUCACCUGUGGUCGUAAUUUCAGCGGUUCACGAGCUAAGAAAACAGAAAGGAGAGGAAAGUGGGGGCGAGAAUCUCCUGGCGAUGAUUGGUGCGGUUCUGCACCGAGGCUGCUGAAGUGCGUCUGCUGGAAUCUCCUGCUGGAUUUACUGAGGAGUAGCUCGAGGUUGGAGAGGCUUUUGUGUGUGUGUGUCCUCUGUAGCGGCCAGAAUGAACUGAUGUAAGUACCUCUGACCUUCUCUGCAUCCACUUUAAUCUAAAUACUUUAGUAACAAAUCAAAGAGAUGUACACACAGUGCUCGAGUGUGUUAACCUUUAAAUAACACAAAUGUGUUGCUCUUGGCUGUAAUGGUCCGUAAUUAAGUUUUAUGUCACAUUGAAUAGAUUAAAUCUUUUGACCUUCUUAUCACUCGUGUAUUGCUGCAUCUCUCCUACUGCCCCCCCCCUCCAUUAGAGAGCCACAGCACAGUGUGUGCACAUGUUGUAUGUGCAUAGUGUCACUUGUCUCUCAGGGGACCCCCCCUUGAUGAGGGCUAAGGUAUGGGUUCUCAUUAGCAUUUGAAUAUGUUCUCGGAGGCAGGAGAGUUUUAGCAGUUGUCAGCACUCCACAGCACAUCCUUUUCAAUUUCUGAAGUGAUCAAUCAUCUUAUUCUACUUGUUUGCUGCUUCACCGCCAGCAGCCACAGCAGAGAGCCAUACUGUUUUUGUUUUCUGUCUUUGGCUGCUCUGCAACUUGCACAGUGUUUGUGUGUCGGUAUUCUGAUGGUACCCUUGUUGGACUUUGCAAUCUGUUCAUUGCUGGCAUGCUCAUCUUUGUGACAGUGUCAUCCAUGGCUGCAUUAAACGCUUGUGAGGCAAAUGAGAUGGGUUUCUUUCCCUGCCGGAAACGGAGACCCAUUAAGCUUUAUCGCUGUUCUUAUCUACGGGGAAUUUCUCUGGAGCUGGACUAAGAAACACCAUUUGGGUCUCGUGUAAGGAUAGUGGUAUCUGGCUUCAGUUGAAUCUGAAAUGUGGUGCAAUCUGCUUCAGCAAAAAGAAGAAAUGCAUCAUACUUAAGUUGAUGGUUUUAAAAAUGUCUCUACACCUCUGUGUCUGAUGUGCCCGAAUAGACAUGAAACAUCCUCUAGUGUAAUGCUUGUUCAGUUAGCCACAUAUAUUCAGUGUCCUUGUAAGGCCCUGGUUUUGUAAUGAAACUCGUCCUCCUCUCUUUCUUUCCCCUCAGGCCUUACAGACAAAUCCUGCGAACGGGCACUGGAGAGAAAGAGGAUGCAUUUCCUUUGCAGUGUCUUUGUUUCAGUCAGUCCGCGCUCUUUAAUAUAGCAGGAGGUUAUUAAACGUUCUCCAGUGUUGCUGCUGCAAGUUUCCCUUAAAUCACUCUGUUGCAGCAUCACAACGGCAGAAUUAAUGAGAGCUAUUUUUAGCUCCUUUGGUCCCAGAGCGGUCAAAAUUGAAUAAGGUUCUGCUUCAGCCCUAAACCAUAGUACUGCAUAAAAUCUAUUCUCUCAGUCAGAGAAUUGAACAGCCCACCAUUUUGCCUCCGUUCCCUCUGUGGGAGAAGUUUGAUUUGUUUUUUUGCUGAGUAGAGAGCAGGGGAGCCAGCACUCUUUAAUUUUAAUGAUACUCCAAAAUGAAUACAAAAUGAAAUACCAUCUUUGCGUCCCUCCUUUAGGGUCAUGUUAGGUUAGUUUUGUGAUGACUCAUUGUAUUUUAAGGGCUCUUUUUCUGAUUUACACCUUGUACCGAUAAACAGAAUCACUCCCUGGAGCAAAGCAGUUUCCUACACAACUGAAGAUGUCCACACUCAUCUCAAAAGUGUUUUCAGUCAAACUGUUUUCUGUUUUUGUUCUGGCUCAAGCAUAAAUUCUAGAAAUAGCCUAAGGAGGGCAGAGACAUGAGAGAUGGUUUGUAGAGCAACCCACAUAGAUCAGCUCUUCAGAGUUUUAGCAGGUAAGUGAAUAUUUGGAAAUAAAAAUAGUUGUCAGAAGGUGGGUUCUUUGCCAAAGUGGCUUGUGGAUUCGGCAUCAGCAGCCAAAAACUUCUAAUAUUCAGUUUUGGUGACUUUGCAUGAUGCUGCCAGGCCUCAUGACUAUUUAUUUUUGCCACUAUUUUACUUCUCUGGCUUAUUAGUAUCUUUUUACUAUGCACUACAAAUGUCUGCCUCAGAUCCUAGUAAUACUUCCCACAUUUACUCAUAAGUAAAUAAUUAGAAGCUUAUGGGCUGUCAGUAAGUAACCAACUAAAAGAGUUUAAACUCUUCUUCAUUGUUAUGGACGUUUUAUACAUUUAGUUGCAUUCUCUAUUGAUCAUAUAAACAACAGAAUUCAGCUGUGUGACCUCAGAAUAUGUUUGUGAGCAUAGAAAUAGAGUAACUACCUUUUUUUCUUUAUUUGAGUCGGUGCUCGAUCAGUAAUGCCUGGUAAGAGGUGCAGUGUUAUGACUCAUUUAUAAUAACGAUCCAUCCACAGACUGUAUGAUACACCAAUGUGGUGUUGGUGACAGCAGCCAUUUAUUUGUGAAGUUGUGUUUUGAAGCAGUCCACGGUGGUUGCUGUUUCAGUCAACCAUCCAGAGGUGGGCCUUUAACCUCCUCACUAAUAGCUACAGUGUGUGCGCCAGUCCGGUGAGUCAGCCGUGUCUGAUUUGCCAAUCAUGUAGCUUAAAUAUCCUUGAAAUGAGGGCAUUACAAGAAAAAUAAAAAAUCACUUCCUGCACAGUUGGUGAUGUGAGAGCCUUGAGCUCUGUGAUUUGAACCAGGCUUUAAACGUGUUUAUUUUUGCUCUAAAAACAGCAUUUUGAAAUGACUCUGUAUGUGGUUUGCAGUGCUUCUGCAGCUGGCCGCAGGGGGGCCUGAGUAACUGCAGUAUUUGACACUUCAGCACCUGGUUUAUUACCACUUGGUUCGAUCCCUCCCUUACAUAACCAAUCAAAUGUCAGCAGAUGCUAAUUCUAGUUUGAUUAAUGUUGGCUCUCGCAGGGCCCUACAAUCUCCAGAAAACACACAUGAAUGAUGAAGUCAACUGUAAAAUGCAGAGGGAAAUGUGGGUGUAUUCACAGAUUAAUGACAGUUGUUUCCUCUUCUUAAUCUAUACAAGAUCUUCAUCUGUUGUCACUGAUCCGGACCUUUUUAUAACAAUUGAAAAAUGCUGUAACUUAGGGCUGGGCGAUAUGGCCUCAAAUCAACAUCAAGACAUAUUGAGCAGUUCACCUCGAAAACGAUAAAUGGACGAUAACUACUCCAAAAGCUGCUAACCCCCUCCCACAUUAACUUCGUCUACUUCAGCCGCUCUUCCCCUCUUUGUUUCAGACUGGAUGGGGUGGAGUCAUGUUGUAGGACAGCAUCUUAAAGGGACAUGAGACCAUAGCCUACCUACACACAUCCAAAACUGACUUUUAUUUAUUUAUUUUUUUGACACCAAAUAUACCGAUAUGAGCAAAAUGACGGUUAUUGUCGUAAAUUUCGGUAUCAGUAAAUUUUAGUUUAAUUGCCCAGCCCUAGUAUAACCUAAUUAGAUUAUAGAUAUAGGGUAAUGUAUUUAAUUCUCCCUACAACAGACACCAGAGAUUGCAGCAUACUGACUGUCAUUUGGGAUUAAGUCAAGUGGAGCAAAAUUAUUUACAAAACUGAUGUGGUCUAUGUUUUUUUAAAGUAUAUUUCAUUGAUAUUCUGUUGAAUUUGAUCAACAUUCACUUUGGUAGAGUUCUUCUUCAGCAGACAGGCUUUGGCGGCUCAUUCUGCUGGGGUUAGCAGAACAAUCGUGUUGCUGACCAUUUGUGCUCUGACUCCACACAGUCCACUUCCACUCUGGUCCCUUUUCCACUCAGCUGUGAGAUCCAUCUGUGUGGAAGUCCAUCUGUGUUGUAGAGCUGGCUCCCAAAGUCGCCUGGUUGCACCCCCCCCCACCCCCCCGAGCAUGACCCAUGUGACAUGGUGUGUCUUGGUUGUGGAGUGGCUGCCAGCCCUGGCUCUGGCCUGUGGCAUGAAGCUUCUGUUGGCACCAGUUGUCAGUGGCCAUAAAGGACAUUCAACAACAUGUCCACAAAAGUCAUCAGUCACUGGAUGAUGAUGGUGUAGUGAACAAACUUUACACAGGAGUGCUGUCGAGUCAACAGCCUUAUUUACUUUCUGCUAUGUUUACUUUUGAGACUCGUGCCUUUGGAUCUGAAUAGAGCUCUCCGAUGUUGGUUUAGUGAGACCUCAAACAAAAAGCAGGAGAAUUGUUCUGUAAAGAUUUGUUACUCAUCUUUGUCAACACUGCAGAUGCUUUUCUAUAAACUCCUCUAAAGUAACAGUCAUGUGUUUGUUUUUGGCAAAUGUCAGGCAAUUAGUGCGGACUGUAUUUAGCUGUGCAUGUGGAAGCAAGUAAAUAGCGCCCCUCUAAAAAAGCCCUUUGUUCCUACAUUAAUUCAACCAUGUCUUUUCUUUCAAACCUCCCACAGUUGAGAGGAACCUUCAGACACGGCCUAAAAAAUGUCAGGCCACUCGAACAACACCACACUGUGCCGCCUCUGUUACCAGAGCAACACGCUCUGCAGGAGCAGAAAGCAAAAUUACAUCCCUUCAUAGUGAAAGGUGUGUGUGUGUGAUGUGUGUGUUUGUGUGUUAGCGAGGGGUACAGGAAGGGUAGCCGAGGGACACAUGCAAAGGAUCAUGGUAAAUCUGUUUUGUUUUUUUCUUCCCUCUUGAAUUCUGUUUGUUUGAACUCCAUUUCAGAUUCCUCCUCUUUUGCUCCAUUUAGGAUUUUACAUGCCGUUAAUUUUAUGGAGAUUUAUUUGUAUUGGAUUGGCACUGAGUAAGCAUCCUGUAAUCACAUUUUCCAGUCAACAAAUUCACUUUUCCUCACGACCACAUUACAACACGGGGCCUCAACGUUAAAGGCUUGUGUGCAUGUUUGUGCUGUGCUGCCUAUAAAGAAUUUCUUGAAGUACAAAUGUCGACUGGAAACAAGUACCUCCUAAAACUUUGCAGUUUAUUGGCAAACCAUCUAUAAAUUCAGACAGAAUGUCAGAGUUCUUUGCAUCAGCGUUUUCACAGUGCAUAUCCAAAAGACAGGGGGCAUAAAUCCUCCUCCCCAAAGAGCAAACUUUCUAGUGAGAAUUCAUGCCUCUGCUUUCAGCGGUCUUGUUAAUAUUCAGAUAUCUUUCCCCCCCUCCUCUCUCAAGUGCAGUGUAUUCAGCGGAAAAGGCCAUGGGGGAGUUCCACCCCUUCAAACUUUUGUUCUCCCCCCUUCUUGUGCGAGACCCGCUAUAAGCUUCUCGAGGAGUUUGUGACUGUUGCUGCCAAGCUGAGAACGUCAGGGGCCACCUGCGGCCACUUAUUCAGCUGCUGGUAUUCACAGACACUGGCUUUCAUUUGGCACUUGGCCGACAGGUCACAACACACAUUAAGGAUGAUGUGUUGAAGGAAGCCGGGGUACUGUAACAAAUAACAGGACGGCAGCAGCAGAGACAAUAGGCUGGACUGUUGUGUUCGACUGAGGUUUCCUGUCAUACAAAUGCAAAAUGGACAGUGUUGAAAGGGUUUAUUUCUAUUUUGCCUGUGACUCAUAUAAGAGUUAAGCAGCAUUAUCACCUCUGGAAACUUGAUAGUCAAACUAUUAGCAGGUUGUCACGCUGAUGUGUUGCUUGUUAAUCCUCAACAUGAGCUGUUCUGACACUCGCAAGUUGUUCAGAGCCUGAAGCUGCAAACAAGAUGGUUAUAAUGACAGCCCGAGGUCCGAGCUCUGAAACUGAUCUGCUUUUAACAUGCAAUUCAUUUUGUCAUCACACUUUAAUGUGCCGGAACAUGAGAUCCCUCCUCCUGACCUGCUCCCUGCCAAAGGGACCGUACUGACAGAGAAAUCACCAGCAAAGCAGGCAGGGAAGUGUCUGAUAGUCCCACCUAUUAAGGUCACAGACCCGGGAUCACUUUACCUGACAAAUGGGGGUUAUUGCAUUAGGUGCAGUGAUUUGGUGUGUAAUUUUCUCGAAGGGAUGGACCUGAUAGUAUUUUAUACGCAGUCGUUGAAUGUCUAAUGUGUCGUGAGAUUGUGGCAGAGGUGAAAUGAUACAGAAGGAGAGAUAAGAUAAGAAGUGAGCUGUGGGGCGCAAAAGAUACUGCUGACCCAACAGCUGAAGGAGUCGACCUUCAUCUUCUCCUUCCUGGUUGUUAAUGUGAUGGAGGGUGUGCUUGAAUUUUAAACACCAACCCUCAGCAUGGUCUCAGCGUAUUAAGCAGGGGUCUCAUUAUCGGAUGAUUAUAAUUCAUGCACUGUAAACAUCGGUUCUCAUACUGUAAGGCAGAACAUGUGUUGUCUGUUUAGAGAGGAGUGAAUGAUCUACAAAUGAAACCAAACACAAUGUGAGGUCUGUGCAAAGAGAACAAAUUAAAACCUGAAACUAGGUCUGGGUGAUUUGGCAAAAAAAAAUGAUCACGAUAUAUUUUGUCAUAUCGUCUGAUCUCGAUUAUCAUCACGGUUUUAAACUGCCAGUUUUAAAGCAUUGGCACUAAAAAAAGAAACUAGAGAUUAGUGCUACAUUUUAUUGACAUAUUUUUAACCCCAAAUAAACAAACCGCCCCCUCAGGGAUAAUGAAGAUGCCUUAAAUGUAAACAUUAGAUGAUGGAUACGUAGAUAAUAUGAUUGAUUGCUGCUUUGGUCUGGUUGCUGCACCGCUAGAUGUAGCUAAACUGCUAAUGCUACUUGUGCCAGCGCCAGUGGCAGCCUGUGCAGACUCAGCUCGUAUUUUCAUGCUUUCCGCAUAAUCACUUGGGAAGCACUUCUUCAAAUGAUCAAACAGAUUUGUCGUGUUGCCGGUUUUUGAGAGCACUGACCACCAACAUACCUUGCUCAUCGGCUUGAUUGCUCGAUGCCACUUUGGAGAUACCAGAACCACCGCCACAUGACCGACGUUGAAUAACUUUUCUCAACAAUGGCAUCUUCAGAGGAUGAUUCAAGGGCUAUGUUCACACUGCAGGUCAAUUUCGAUUUUUUUAACCAUAUGUGACACAUAUCUGAAUUUUUCAUCUAAGUGUAAACAGUGCAAUUCUGAUUUUUCAAAUCCGAUACAGGCCUCUUUUGUAUGUGGACAUAAAUCGGAUAUGUAUCCGAUGUGACUGCAGUGUGGACGCCCAGGUCGCGUUCAUCCGACCUACACGUCAUCAAUAUGUUGUAAUGUGAACGACCGCACAAAAAGAUCGGAUUUAACAAAAAAUCUGAAUUGUGCAUCAUAACCUGCAGUGUAAACGUAGCCAAAGUAACGGAUGACAUCUACUUUGCUGCCCUCAGCUCUGCUUUUAGCUCCAUGUUUGUUCAUUCUGUUUUCAGAAGUGAAAAGCUCGACUCUGAUUGGCUGUUGUUGCACACAUUUCUGCUAUGUUUGAUCGAGUAAAUAUGCUCACAAACUGAAAUUUAUCCCAAUUAUUAAUCACGAUCAUAUAAUCGCCCAGUCCUACCUGAAACACAUUCAGCAACAUGCUUUGUGCAGUUCUGUGUGUUUGUGGUGACUCUAUCAGUCUGCAUCUUUAUUCAGUUGUACUCCUGAGGAGGAACACAGAAACAAAAACACUCGUCCUGCUUCAGAGAAACUCUCCGCUUUGUUGAGUGGAAGUGGGCUCUUCCUGUGUGAUGCUAUUUUUGCAUUUUUUCCAAAUGUCUGUGCUCUGAGACUGUUCACGCUUGAUCAUUUUCAUUCAAUGUUCUCCCUGUGUGCUGCACUUCUUUGUGGGUUUCCUCACUGUGUUUGACGGGGUGUUUUACUUCUCACAAAACCUCUUAAGUGGCUGUUGUUUAAACAUAAUGCAGACGUAUCGAUUGCACUUAAUGUGCCUUUAAGCAUAAGUGUGCAUGAUAUAAUGGCUUUUAGAUUGUGCUUACAGCAUCCACAUCAGUCGCUCCAAAACGAUGAUGAUGGAUCAUCCCGUAGCAGACUUUGAAAAAUUAAAUUCACAGUUGUGGUUAAACGCUGCUGCUGCGCUGUUUCUAUUUUAAGAACAAGAUGGGUUUAACACUAGGAGCUCGUACGCAGACAGUGUUUCUAAAGCAAGAAUGAAAUCAACAUAAUAGGGGUUGAAUUUCAAUGGAAGUGAUCCGAAAAGAAGUGCAUGACACAGCCUGACUUUUACGACUUUGAUUGGGAGUAAUUUUCUCCAAUAUGUGCUUGAGCAACUUGUUUUAAACAUCAAAAAUGUCAAGGCGUCCAACAAUCCCCACAGAAUACCCCAGAUUGUUUUUACAUCGUUUAAGAACUACAACAGCAAGAAAAGACCAGAGCUUAUCCUGAACAAGACAAGAAAAACAACAAAACAAGAAUGAAUUAGCAUCACGAUGAAACAAGCUCAGCCUCAAUCUUUUCAUAUCUAUUUACAUGUAUAAUCGUACACAUUUAAAGUUUGAAUAUUGCCCCUUUUUUGGGCACAACCUUUUUUUUUUUUGUUCACCUACAGAAACUUUAUCAAUAUCUGUGAGCAGAAAGUCGCCAUCUGCCUCAGCCAUGCCUCUGUCUCAUCCUGAAGUCUACUCACUUUACCUCAUCUUACCUCUGCAAGCACGCUCAGAGAGAGUUUAUUUUGAUAUCAUUUGACAGAAAUGUCGGGAUUUAAAAUUCCUUCCAUCAGAUUUGUUGCUGGACGAAAGAUAUUAAUUCUGGUUCAGUUACUUUAAAUAAUCCCAAAAAACUUGUUAUGUAGGAUUGUUUCCAUCAGAGCAAAGAAGACUUUGGGUCUCAGAGGAUUUAUUAGCCGGCUGCAAUGAAGACGUCAAAGACUUUCACAAGGACGUUUUAAUGUUGCGUUACUCAAGGACACUUUGGCGGAACACAUGACUCCGCUGGUGACUGAUUCUGUGUCUCUUUUUGUCACAAGACUGUUGCCUCUUUGGAUCCCAAUCUGUCGUCCGUCUUGUGUUAACCACACUGUUCUCUAUCUCUGUCUUCCAGAGCGCAGCAAUGGAGGAGACUGUCAUUUGGGAACAGCACACAGUAACACUACACAGGGUAGGUUUGUCUUAUCCUCCUUCAGAUGCUUCUUAAAUCUGUCCCUGUUUUGUCCUGGCGUCUCUCUCUCUCUCUCUCUCUCUCUCUCUACCUCCUCUGUUUUGCGAUCUUUUCUUCCACCCCCACCUCUGUAUUUUUCCUCCCUUCAGUUUCUCCGAUCACAUUAUGUUAGUGUACUCACUGUGCACACAGUUGCAGGUGGAACAGAUAGAACAAAGGAGUCAUCACAGUGCUUUUCAUCUCUCCAAUGAUUUUCACCGCAGAGCCUAACAACCUGAAAAAAAAAAAAAACAGCAUCUGGUGCAUUUUGCAUUUGGGUCUUUUUUUUUGUCUUUUUUUGCAUAUGUCAUACAGAAAAGAAGCUAACUCACUCAGCGCUUUGUGAGAGAAACAGUCUAUGGUUUUUACAGUUCUCUGUCAUUAUGAGAAAUUGAUUAAAAGACGGUCAACUCUUUCUAUUUGAACCCUCCCUCUUUACAUUACAUGUAUAACUUUGGUGUGCAGACAGCUAAAGCUCAUUGUUAUCUGCGUUUCCCCUGUGAUUUUCCUCAGGCACCAGGGUUUGGCUUUGGAAUAGCCAUAUCAGGAGGUCGGGAUAACCCUCAUUUUCAGAGCGGCGAGACCUCCAUUGUCAUCUCAGAUGUGUUGAAAGGCGGCCCGGCUGAAGGCCUAUUGCAGUAAGAUUUUGUUCCAAUACGGGCAGACGGUUAUUAGUAUUAAAUUACCCUGGCUGCUACAGAAAGACUCCAGCAUGUCUCUAAUCUCUGCGUCCCCUCUCCAGGGAAAAUGACAGAGUCGUUAUGGUCAAUGCUGUCUCCAUGGACAAUGUGGAGCACGCAUAUGCGGUGCAGCAGCUUCGGAAAAGUGGGAAAAUUGCCAAAAUUGUGAGUGUGAACAUCCCAUUAUGUAUCCUCGCAGGAAACGUGUACCAUUGGUUGAAAGUAAAGCUUGAAUUCACAGCGACAGUGUCAGGCUUCUCUUAAAGAUUUUAUGGUCAAGAGAUGAUUGAAUUAUCUGACUGCUGCUCACAUCUCACAUCUGUUUUUGUUUGAACCAGACAAUCAGACGGAAAAGGAAGGUACACGUCCCCAUGGGCCGCCUCGGGGAGCGGGAAACCAUGUCAGAGCACGACGAAGAGGAGGACAGCUACGAUGAAGAGAUAUACGAGACGCGGAGCGGACGCAGCGGUGCUUACAGCGGAGUGGGCGGAGCUAUGGGUAGAAGAAGCGGUCGGAGCAGCGGGCGAAGGGACAGGGAACGAGAGCGCAGCGGCUCGCGUGAGAGAAGUCUCUCCCCACGCGGAGACCGCCGCUCACACAACCUGCCCCCACGCCCCGCCAAGGUCACGCUCGUCAAAUCUCGCAAAAAUGAAGGUGAGGCUCACAAAGUCGGGGCUAAAGAAGGUGCCUCGAGGGGAAAGAUGUAACAAUCAAGAAAAUCAGCUGCCAACAAUUACCAGACAGGCAGACCUUUUAGAAGAGAAUAAGACCUCCAAAUCAGCACUGGUCAGCUGCCAGAGUAAACAAAACUUGCCAGCCGCAGCAAAAUCCAAGUUAACUCAAGUAAAUCUAAGUCAAAGAGCAAUUAAUCUUCUUUAAUCAGUACUGUUAAUCCCAGCGGGAGCGGAGGCUUGACAGUGUAGAGUCGAUGUGGAGUGGUCAUGUGAACUCUGUGCUAACAUGGUCUUUGUUGCUGUUGUUCACUCUGUAAGCAGAAUAUGGCCUGCGCCUGGCCAGCCACAUCUUUGUGAAGGACAUUUCCCCUGAGAGCCUGGCAGCCAGGGACGGCAACAUCCAGGAAGGAGAUGUUGUACUGAAGGUGAGGGGGAGGGGGCAAGAAGCAAAGCAAACAUAUGAUAUGUAACUAAAUAUCUAACUUGAUCGAUGCUGUUAUCUAUAUUUUUUUAUCAGUCAGAGGGAAGAAUUAAUUUUCUUCUAAGUGGAUGUUUUUUUGUUUUUUUUUAAUUUAUAUAAAACUGAACCCUCCCCUCUGCUUAUCUUCGGCCACCCUAUAUUUUAUAGACUAUAUUUUAGUCUAUUUACACUCCCAGCACUUCCAGCAUAACAGCACUUCCAGUUACAACUGCAUGUGUUUGAUGAUACUAAGUUCUAUCACAUUUUGAAGAACAUAGGAAGUUGCUUCAUUAUAUCUCACACCACACUUUUCUUUCAAUGUCAAAAAUAAGAAAUAAAAAGUUAAUGAUUCAACAUUAAUGUAAAGAAUUACAAACUUUCCUUUUUAAUCUACACGACCAAGUCCAGCCGAAUGUUUUUGUUUGAUUUGUCCUCUGGAUUUUGCUCUUUUUUACAGCUUUAAAAAUCGAUGUCACCCCAACAAACAAGAUCAGUGUUGUUGUUAUUUUCCAUCUGAUCUUGUGUCUUCAAAAAUGUAGCUUGCAGCCUAAACUUAACUUCUCAUAUGACAAUUUUAUUGCCUAAAACAGAGAAAAAAAAAAGACAUCUUUUGUUUGAUUUCUCUCGCUAUGUUAUUUGAAUUUCAUGGCUUUUCUGUCUACUGUCGUGGCAAAUAGCCUCUCCUUCUGUUUUUUUGCAGAUCAACGGCACAGUGACAGAGAACCUCUCCUUGAUAGAUGCCAAGAAGCUGAUAGAACGGUCAAAGGGCAAGCUAAAAAUGGUGGUUCAGAGGGACGACAGGGCGACCCUGCUGAACAUCCCUGACCUCGAUGACAGCAUUCCCUCAGCCAACGCCUCUGACAGAGACGGUGAGAGUGGUGUUAAAUGUUGAAUUCAUUCAUACUCCAGUGGUUUUGAAACGCCCGACUUGUCAGUGUGUAUUUCACGCUGUACCGGCUAAACGAUCGCUCUUCUUUGAUCAGACAUUUCAGAUAUUCAUUCACUGGCAUCCGAUCAUUCCAAUCGAUCGCAUGACAGACGCCGUAGCAGCCGUUCCCGCUCCCCAGACAGAAGAUCUGAACCCUCAGACCACUCAAGACACUCGCCCCCUCAAAUCAGCAAUGGAAGGUAAAGACUGUCAGUUUACACAUUUAAGAUCAGAGCUCUUUUUUAGGCCUCAGUUUAUCUUCCACUCUCUCUUUUUGGUUGUUUUAAAAUAGCAGAAAAACAGUAAAAGCACCAAAGCCGUGACAGCUGACCUUACAAAGAUACUAACAGUAUCAACAAAAUCUGAUCAUUGUAAAUAACCGCCCCUGAAAUGCUUUAGAGUUAAUGUUUUUUUUUCUUUGUACUCGAUUCUGAGUUAAUAUAAGUAAUCAAUACUUUACUCUUGAUAAUUGGCUGAUGGUUGAAUCACAUUUUCAGGGUUGGAUCCCUGAAUACAUCUCCAGCUGAAGUUUAUAUAAUUCGAUUUUCAGGGUUCCUACUAAGUUGAACUUUCCAUACUUUUCCAGACCCUACUUUUUAGGAUUAUUUCUGGAAAUACCUACUUUUCUAUUUUAGAAAACAGUAUCUUUUUACUGUGGUAAUAGUAGAUUUUAUUUUUCAUUUACCAAACUUUUUAAGACCUGGAAAUUGAUCAAAUUACUUCCAUACUUUUCCACACUUGCGUAGGAACCCUGGAUUUUGCUGUUUUUUAUUGUCUCACUCAAUUCUUUUACUGAUCAAGGAUUUUGUCUCUGUCACAGACUUACUAUCCUUUGUUGUUUUGACUGAAUAAUUAACACAAAAAAUAACUUUAAAAAAUUUUUAUCCCUGUAUUUGUUUUAAAAGCUGUUGUUCUAUCUGUCAGAGUUUAGUUUCGGUUCUUUUGUUGUGGGUUAAAACCCGCCAUCGUCAGCCCAUUCAGCACUUCUGUACUGUAAUCGUGUCUAAAAGUACCUCAUUAAUUCUUUAUUUAACUCAAUAAAGCACCUCAGUUGUUCCCCUGCCUAUUGACCUGAGAAUAAUAAAAGUCACUGUUAAGCUGCAAAAGAGACAAUCCUGGUCAAAAUUAAGGCUGAAGUCCACGUCUGCUCUGCUCAGUGUAAGUGUCAGGUGCUCGGCCCGUAUAACUGAGUGUCCUCAGCUGUUCACAUCAAAGCUUUUUUGGAUGCUAUAACUGCAGAGAUUACGUAAUGUGUCAGCUAUGAAAGUCCUUAACAAAAAGGCUUUAAAAAAAACAUUGAAUAUGGACUCAAAUGCUCACUUUUUGAUUUGUCUGCCUUUUGUAUUCCUUCUAAACUUAAACAGCUGGAGAAUACCGUAAGUUUGUUGCCAUUGUCUAAUGUGAUUAGUAAUUAGAAGUGGUCCUGUAUGAUGAAUAGAUUUAACGUAGUUUUGUAGAAAAGUAGUUCUAGUCUGCAGUGUUAGAAAUUUAACAAACUACUCCAAAAUCACUCUCACCCUUGCCGUGAUAAAUGAAUAAAUGGCGCAGCGAUUUGAAGGCUCGCGAAAACUUGCUGAGGCUUCGUUAACCCGCAUCAAUUAUUUAGUGGCAUCUCAUGUUUUGACUUGAGGUGCCAGUCCUGUUGAAAUAUCACAGGGGUCCUUGAAUGUUUUGGUUUGGCAAACCGCAUGUUUGGCUCGGAGACAAUAUGGCUCAGACACUGAUGGAACAGAAGACUGUCACCAUCUCUGUGUCAGCUUUAGUCCAAUCUUUCUCUCUAUUGUAUCUGUACAUGUUCUGCUUUGUAAUGCUCAGUUAUUUAUUUCAUAUUUUUUUAAAUAGUAUUUACAAUUACAGAAGGAGCAACAACUUUUUAUAGGUCUUUACUUUUGAAAUAUCUAGGCUAUUUGAGCAAUGUUUUCCUUAAAGUGUUUGAAUAAUCAAAGAGGAGACGCCAAGACAGGACGUUUUUGUUCAUCUGAACCUGAUCUGUAGCCUGUGACCUGUUCUCUGAGUUGAGGAAGUUGGCAGCUUUAAAAAGGGUCUCCUCCAGCGUGGGUUGAGAAAAAGAUUUUGUUCAUCUGUCGCCAGCUCAAACAGGGUCAUUUGUGGGUGCUUAGCCGCUCAGUCUGUGAAUAAAGCAGUAUGGUGCCAGUAAAGUUGGACCAGUGACCAGCCAUGUGACCAGCAGGUUGGACUCAAACCACUUGAAAGUGAAAACAUCUCUCUUGACUUCUCUUCUGAAACACUUGCAUCACAGUAGUUUUCAAAACCGAGGAAAGUGCAGCUAUCACACAGGGUGAGUGUUACAGUUUACACAGCAUUACUGCUUUAAAACUGACAUCCAGGUGAAUCCUUCACUAAGCCACACAGUGAAAUUCACCUGUAGGACAAAGUCCAGCCUGUCACCGUAGAUAAGCUGCCCUAAAAAUAGAGCACAAAAGAAAAAGACAAAGUAGUGCCCUUGAAGACGAAGAUACAGCCUCAAACUCAAGCUGCUCUUUUCACCUGUUUCCCUUUUCUCCGCCUGUGCGUGUCCUCAGUGAAAAAAAAAUUCAGAGUCCGAGUUUUUGAAUAAGCGGUGUACAGACUUUGAACUGAGUGUUGUCAGGAUAUUGUUGCCUUACAGCCCUCUGCUCGCCUCCAAGCUUUACAUCUCCUGAAUACACUAUUUAUAAUCUCCUGUUUUCCUUUUUAUAAAGCUAACUUGGACACAAACAUCUAUUUUUGUCUGCAGUCACAGAAGUCGGGAUGAUGAACGAAUGUCAAAGCCGGCUUCAACACCAGCCAAGCUGGCAGAAGAAGUUCCUCUGCCCAAGCCGAAGGAGCCAGCUAUUGCAAGAGAAGAGAAAGCGCUCCCUCCACUCCCAGGUCAGUGAGAUAACAACAACAGAUGAUAAGGAGACAGUUAGCAGCAUCCGUAUGUGUAUGACAGAGAAUUAUUGGUGAAACAAAACUGCUUUAGUUGUUUGAGAAUGUGCCAUUAAUGUGUGGUUGAACAUUACAAGAUUUUGAUCAUGUAAGAGAAUCUUGUGUGAAUCAGUCACUUUUGCCCUUUUUUUGUUUUUAUUAAAAGAACAACUACAAAAAAAUGAGACCCAGCCGCCUGCUGAGCCUGACUGAGUUUGCCUUAAGCCAAGUGAAAAUAAAGAGUAUGAGUUGAUCAAGUCUGACAUCCCUCCCCAGCCUGUAGCACUCUGCUGCCUUUCUGUUUGACCUCCUUGCUCGGGACACUCUGUGCCUUGUGUAUGUGUGUGUAUAUGUGCGUGUGUGUGUGUGUUCAACCGUCUGUGUGAUAAUACUUUGCCUGUGUGUGUGUUUUUAUUGGUGCACUUGUCUCAGUUAAACACAUGAAUCUACAGUGUUGUUAAGUUGUGACAGUAUUUAGGCAGCUGUUUUUCAACAUAUUUAAAUAUAAAGUCUAAAAUGUAUUUUUGUUUGUUUGUGUGUGUUUGCGUGUCUCUAUGUGUGUGUCUUUUGUUCAGAGCCGAAGCCGGUGUAUGCUCAGCCUGGACAGCCAGAUGUAGACCUGCCAGUCAGUCCCUCUGAUGCCCCUGUGCCAAGCGCUGCCCACGAUGAUAGCAUCCUUCGGUAAGACUGAUGUUAUUCUUUGACGCACUCUUCUCACAUAUCGAAUUCUUCUUGUUCAUCCUGCGGGUUAUUAUCGCCUUAGCGCAGGAUACUCUGGAUGCCGAGAGCUCAGACUUCGAUGCUGUAAACAAAUAUGUAUCUUACAACAGUGGUUGGACCGCAAGUCAAUGAAACAGCUCUGAAAGGACAAGUUGAAUCGCUAUCAGUGUUUUUAAGCAUCAUAAAUAGUAUUUAUUCCCUUUGUAUAUAAUAAAAGUCAGACAGAAUCUGUAUUUUUUUCCCACAGUGCAUUUCUCUUUCUUUGGUUUUGUGAGCUCACCCAGUGAACCCUCACCGCGUCCACAUGGACUUGAGGAGAUAUCGUCCUUCGAUUCACGGCAAAGAAAAAACUUUUCAUUCUCUCUUCUCAGGCCAAGUAUGAAGCUGGUGAAGUUCAAGAAGGGGGAGAGUGUGGGGCUGCGGCUGGCUGGGGGGAAUGACGUGGGCAUCUUUGUCGCUGGAGUGCUAGAGGACAGCCCAGCUGCUAAAGAGGGCCUGGAGGAGGGCGACCAAAUUCUCAGGGUGAGAUACUCUCUUUUUUUCACACUAAGUUUAUAACCUGAUAUCUUAAAUCCAGCGGUUGUUUUUCAUUUAUAGAACUGUAAAGAGAAAACUACAAAAGAACCAAGAGUUUUUACUUAAUGCACAGAAAGAGGUGUUUCUUCAUCUUACUGGAACAACGGGAACCUGAUAGUGUCUUAAAAAGGAAUGUUUUAUGGGGAAUGUGUCUUCAAGCUUUCCUCUUUUUUAUUCAUGGUUUUUACACACUGCCUGCUUCAAAAUUCUUGUACCUCCAGGCUGGUCUCUUAGCGAUGGCCCCAGGGGAGCACACACAGAAAAACACUGUUUCCUCUCACUGUGUUUGUCCCAUUUCCUCAAAGCCAUAUAUCUCUCUGUUUAUACCUCCUCCUCUUUUCUCCAAGAAUAAUGAGGGAUGGUUUGAGUUCUUGCAGUGCUGCUAAACCUGCAGUUACCCGGGCAAUACAAAGAACAGGAAGAGUUAUGUAAAUCUUUAUCUAAAGAGAGGUUAAUACUUUCUGGACAACAAGGCUAACUUCUCACUUAAAUUUUAAGUCCUAGAUAAGAGUUAAGAUGAAGCGUGAAGCAGUAACUCCUGUCUUCCCCAAUUCCAGGUAAAUAAUGUAGAUUUUGCAAACAUAAUCCGAGAGGAGGCGGUGCUGUUCCUUCUAGACCUUCCGAAGGGUGAGGAGGUUACCAUUCUCGCCCAGAAGAAGAAAGAUGGUAAGUGAAGUGAGUAAGGAGUAGAGGAAUCUCAUUCAUCCGUAAAAGUGAAAGUCUCUGUGUGUUUCUGACUCGAUUCUCUUUUGUUGUUUAGUGUAUCGACGGAUCGUAGAGUCAGAUGUCGGGGACUCUUUCUACAUUCGGACACACUUUGAGUACGAGAAGGAAUCUCCCUACGGGUUAAGUUUUAACAAGGGGGAGGUCUUCCGCGUGGUGGACACCCUCUAUAACGGCAAGCUAGGCUCUUGGCUGGCUAUUCGCAUCGGCAAGAACCACCAAGAGGUGGAGAGGGGCAUCAUUCCCAACAAGAACAGGUGACAGCGCCCUGACCGAAAUGUGUUCCUGCUGUUUGGAGUUACCCAUAUUGUUCAGUAAAAUGAUGUUAUUUAUCAGUUAUUCAAUCAUGUAUUUGAUAUCGUUUUAUUUGAUUUACAUCUGUGAUUAAUCGUGGUACUUUUUCAUGUGGUCAACAAUUUUAUUUAUGAUACAUUUAAAAUUUGCUGCAGCUGUCCAAGUGCUGCACAGUACACUGAAAUAAUACACAAGAUCCAAAGAUACCAAGUGAAAAAAUUUGACUCUAAUGUGCUGCUCAGUCUUUUCAAACAGUUUGCAGGAGGACUCUGGUGUCAGAACAUGAAAGUACGGCAUGUUUCAUGGGGAGACUGUAGAGCUGACAGGGGUCAGAUUUUGCAGGUUCUGAAGUUAAGGGGCCUUUGCUUUGAAAGAGCAGUCACCUCUAAGCCUAGAAUUGGAAUGGGGCUGCCAGGGCACCCAUGUCAGAUGGUCUCAGAGGCCUGCAGCUUUCGAAAAGGCUCAGGAGGUCAGUUAUAUGGAAGAGGGCAAUCAUUAUGGGGCUUUAUAAAAACAAACAACAUAACCAAACCUGAGGCAUAUGGGAAACCACUGAAGAAAGGCUACAGUCACACUGACAUGAUCCUUCCUCCUGGAACCAGUCAGAAGCCUGGCUACGGCAUUUUGGACCUGUUACAGAGGGGACAGGGACUACUGGCUGAUCUCACCAUAGAAGGGGUGACAUUAAUGGAGGGGAGAAAAGAUGGAAUAUGAAAGUCACUGAAACAGAAAUGUGUUUUUAUCCCUGAGAUGGCUCUAAUCUGAAAGAAUCUGGUUUUCACAACCACUUUGAUCCAAUAGAAGAUCAAUGGAAGGUUUCCAGCAUGAGAACGGACAUUUGACCCAAGGUACUGGAGACCAGUUAGAUGAUAUGACAGUCAUCUAAAAUUAUGGGACAUCCAGGUUUUUAUGUCUCCAAGUCAGUCUGAGAGGAUUUUUAAGAAUAUUGGAGUAUUUGUUUUUUCCUUACAGUUUGAUAGAACCAGGGAGUUUUGUUUACGAGUUUUGUGUCUAUAAUCUCGCCCACUCAAGCCGCAGGAUUAUUUAUUAUCAGUUGACUCGGUCAAAUUGCCUUUACGUCUGAAAAAGUGCCACUCUGGAUAAAUAUUUCUCCUAGUAUUAGACAAUCAGGUUCAAUAUGUAAAUUAAAUUAGUUGUGAUUUUCAUCUUCACAUUUUGUCCUCGGGUAUUGGCAGUGUUGAUUUAAUCCGUUCCAAGUUUGUGACACACACACAGCUUGUGUUACAUUAUGAACCGUCCCUGUCCUUCUGCUGUCCAUCAACAGAGCGGAGCAGCUCUCCAGUGUGCAGUACACUCUCCCCAAAACAGCAGGCGGGGAUCGGGCCGAUUUCUGGAGGUUUAGGGGUCUUCGGAGCUCCAAGAGGAACCUGAGGAAGAGCAGGGAGGACCUCUCCUCUCAGCCAGUCCAAACAAAGUUCCCAGCUUAUGAGAGAGUUGUACUAAGAGAAGGUGAGGGAUCUUCACACGUAUGUCACAGCCAGACUGAAACUACUUUCUUCAGGUGUAAAUAUUUUGGGGGUUUUUUUCUGUGCAGCUGGUUUCCUGAGACCUGUGGUGAUAUUUGGGCCCAUCGCUGAUGUAGCCCGAGAAAAACUGUCCCGGGAAGAGCCGGAACUUUUUGAGCUAGCAAGUAUGUUUGUAAAAAAACAGAAGAGAGCAUGAACUGACAUGACAGUUACUCUGUUGGUCCUCGAGUCUGUUCUCCUGCAUCAACCCCUCCAACUUUUCUUUUGCAGAAAGUGAACCUAGGGACGCAGGAACAGAUCAGCGGAGUUCAGGAAUCAUUCGUCUUCACACCAUUAAGCAGAUCAUUGACAGAGUAAGUAUGUCUCCUUUUAUCAUGCUAAGUAAAGUCUUGAGAUGUUUUCACAAAGAUAUAUUUCAAUCCUGUCUUUAUCUUAUGUAGGACAAACAUGCUGUGCUGGAUAUCACCCCAAAUGCUGUGGAUAGGCUGAACUACGCUCAAUGGUACCCUAUUGUAGUCUUCCUAAAUCCUGAUAAUAAACAAGGUGUGAAGAACAUGAGGACCAGACUGUGUCCAGAGUCUAGGAAGAGUGCCAGGAAGCUCUAUGAGAGAGCCAUCAAACUGAGGAAGAAUAAUCACCACCUGUUCACCAGUGAGUGAGCAGAGAGAGUUCAAACACAGUCAGCUGUAAAGAUGAAUGUCUCGAUUUCUUGUUUGAUUUUUGAGGAAUUGAUCGUAAAAAAUCGUUCUCUCCUAGCCACCAUCAACUUGAAUAAUAUGAACGACGGCUGGUACGGAGCUCUGAAAGAAACCAUCCAACAGCAGCAGAACCAGCUGGUGUGGGUGUCAGAGGGGAAGGUGAGCGACCUGUUCCUUUCUAUUUCACUGAGCAAUGUUUUCUGUCCCGUUAUUCCCAUCGAGCAAAACAUGUGAGAUGAUCACUUUCUGCUCUGCUCAGGCGGACGGCACUACAGAGGAUGAUUUGGAUAUCCACGACGACCGCCUGUCCUACCUGUCAGCACCAGGAAGUGAAUACUCCAUGUACAGCACGGACAGCCGCCACACCUCCGAUUAUGAGGACACGGACACAGAGGGCGGGGCGUACACAGACCAGGAACUAGACGAGACUCUGAACGAUGAGGUGGGUCUGCCCACAGAGCCAGCCAUCACUCGCUCCUCAGAGCCCGUUCGAGAAGACCCGCCUGUGAUUCAGGACACCCCCGGGUACCCUGGAUACCAGCACCCUGUGCAGUCCGACCCAGCCAGUCGCAUCGAUCCUGCCGCUUUCAAGAUGGCCGCCCCACAACAGGUAAAGUUCAUAUCCAGCUCUGCAGGCCGUGCCUGUCAUAUUGGAUGUCUGUGGGUAGAAGUCUAUGAGAGCAGAGCAGAGUAAUAGCUCUUCUGUGUUCGUUGUUGUGUCUUUGCUAUGACUAAAUGUCCUUUGCUAAGUGAUAAACUUGUUGUAGAAGCUAAUUCUUAUCUAGUCCUACAACAUUUUUUUCAAUUGAUUCUGUGGCCGGAGUAAAACUGAGUCAGAGUAAGGAAGGAGACCUUGGUGUUGGGGUGAGCUGUACUUGAUGAUCCCUUGGCAGGCUGUGUCAUAAAUGUCUCUUAACAAUACUUCACAGCAAGAUGAGGCUGCUCUGUCCUUGCCCUCCUUGCCGCCGCCGGUGGUAGCGCCCCCUGCUGUUGAGCAGCCCGUACAGCUAGAGGGUAUGCACCUAGAGGAGCCGCCUGCUGCAGCCGCAGCUCCUCAGGCUGACUCACUUAGCAGCCCCAGCCCUGCCCCUGAGCUUAUUCAGCCCCCACCACCACCACACGAACCCCACCCGUCUGGACCGCCUGGUCCAGAACCAAAGGUACCCGCUGUUUCACCAGCCACUCGGACCGGGCCUGGGCCCCAGCCUGCUGUUUUAACUGCCUGUCUUCUCGCACAUGCUUUCCACUCGCUCUCUGCAUGACAUGCCCACACUGUGUGACUCACUGAGCCCACUGUGUGCCUCUGGCUCCCAGAGAAAAUGUGAGACAGACUAGUCCACAUGCACCACAGUGGGCUGGGAGACCAGAAGGACUGGUACAUCUGAGUCUUUGAACAGGGUGAAGACAUCCACAACCAGCCCUAACUGUUGCCUCUUCUUCCUUUGCAUGGCUCCUAAUGUUUUUGGGUUCCUAUCAGCUUUAACUCUUGUGUAGAUAAACAAUAGUAGCACUGACAGUGGCAUCAUAGUGGUAGAUGUGUCGUCUGUUGUGGUGCCAGUAGUUUGACGUUGCAUUAGAUGCAAACUGAAUGUUGGUUGCAUGAUGAGAGCUAACCUGCAGACAGUAGUCUCUGUAAUGAUUGAGCAAAUCUCUCUCUGGGAAAGCAAACAUACUUACCAGCACACUGCAUUGUGUCUUCUGUUUAGCACUUCAGUCCUGAGUAGAUGCCAACAAAUCCACUCACCUUCAUAGGAGUAACUUCAACUAGAAUUGCUGUCUACAGGCUACACAUCAUAUGUUUGAAAUGAGGCCUUUCAGAAAUGUGCAAAUUGCUUAUUUUCUGACUAUUUAUGAAGUGUUAACAUGUAAAACUGUUUUUUUAAUGAUCAUUCUUGAAAGGCAUCUUGUCAAACAGGCAUUCAGAACUGUUUUUGAAUAAUGGACAAGGGUUUGCUUGUGUAAUUGCACUUUAAUUAGAUGUUUGUUUACAUGGUUAAAGGAUUAUUUUCCGAUAAUUUGGUUAAUGUCAUACAUGUUCUGUUCUCUCAGGUUUUAGUUUACAUCCCAGAAUUGGAUUUAAUCUGGAAGUUUCUUUUUAAUCUGGUGUUUGGAAAGCAUUGUCCUGACUGCUUUCUGUUCUGCAACAUGGUGGUGUUUAAAAAGGGGACAACAAAGGUGGGAAUACGACGGAUGUAUUCAUUUGUGGUUGUUUCUUUGCAGAUGUACAAGAAAGAUCUGUAUAAUAUGGAGGACCCUGUGCGAAUCAACCAUGGCCUGAAGCAGUCUAUGAGCUACACGCACCAGCCGCCGUACCAGGACAAACAGCCAUAUCGUGAAUAUGACCACCCGCCUUAUGGAUACGAUGGAGGCGGCUACACAGAACCAAAGCCUCACAACACUGACUCUCACCUGCACUACGACAACCGUGUGCCUCAUUAUAGCGAACAGUGGCCCCCCUAUGACCAGCAGACCUCGUCCUCCCAGCCCGCAGGGUACCAGCAGGGCCACCAGCAACCCAUGGGCUACAACCCGCGGUCCCCCUAUGAAGACGGACCAGGUAGGGACUACAGCCCUCCUCAGCCGCGCUACGACGAGGCCCCACCAGUAGGCUACGAUGGCAGACGCCACAGUAAACCCGGGCCCAUUCGUUAUGAUGAGCCUCCGCCCCCACCGCCACCAGCCGGCUACGACGCCCGCUCUCCUUAUGAGACAGAACCUCACAGCUUCCCCAUCAAUUCACCUCGAUCGCCAGAGCCCCCAAAGCAGUAUUACGGAGACUCAGGUCUCAGGCCCACCUACAUGCCCGGACCACCCAACAGGGGCUACAAGCCAGGGAUGCAUGAGCCUAUGAUGAACUCUGAACCCACGAUCCCCCCUCCUAAACCUGACAACCUGUCCUCGCCAGGCGAGCCAGCUACCACUCCAGGAUCCAAACCCUUCCCUCCUCCGCCGCGAGAAGAGCUGGACGAGGACCCGGCCAUGAAACCGCAGUCAGUGCUCAACAGAGUCAAGAUGUUUGAGAAUAAACGGUCUGUUUCUAUGGACAGAGCUAAAGAGGGAGAGUCGUCAGCACUCAGGGUGAGUCAAAGAGUUGAUUUAUUCAAGGUAAGACUGUGUAAAGGCAGGACUUCACACUAACUUCUUCACAAGAAGCACAAUAAGAACUUUAGGGGCACAAUGGAAAUUGAUCAAAUAAUGUGUGUCUUAUUGGUCGACAUAAGUACUAUUAUUUAAAUCAAUUUUAGGUCAAUUGGUCACAUGACAUGGAAGCUAUUAAAGGGAAUGUUCAAAAUUUGCCUUUAAAUUUAACACAAACAUUUUUAGAGGACAAAUUAGGGAAAUAAAAAGGUGUGUCUUAUUGUCUGACCUUAGUAUUAUUUGAAAUCAAUUUUAAAUCAGUUGAUCACAUGACAUGGAAGCUAUUGAUGGAAAACCAUUUUUUUUUUUUUAGAACAUCAACCGGUAAUUUAUUGAUGGUCCCUUAAUCAACACCCGAUGUUGACAGCCAGGGUGCCGAGUAGAUUUAACUGCGCUGCUGUUGUUAUACCCGCUUAUGGAGAGUUAGGAAAACACCGGUGGAUUGCAGUGAAUGUCCGUCAAAGCUCUAACUUAUAACCAACUUCACCGUGGUAUUGACAUGAAAAAAAAUUUUUUGCCGCAGCUUUAUUUUUUUUGCGCACAUGUGCCCCUAAAUACAUUUUACAAUUCGCACACAUCUAUUUUUAGUCACAAAUGCGAGUGAAACGGUCGCACUGUCAAGCCCUGAAAAGGGUGAAGAAAGUAUCUUUAACUUUAAAUCAAGUUUUUAUACUUGUUAUAAACAAAGUCAUGUCCUCUGAAACUAAUAAAAUCCAAACUGUUUCUCUGAGUGCGUUUAGUGAAGUAGUUCUUUCCAGUGAAAAUAUUAAAACCGUUAAAAGGUUAUAAAAAAACGUCCAAAAAGUCGAUUUCUGUUCCUCUAAUUUGCAAAAAAAACAUCCGUCAGAAAACUGCAGCUACAGCUACGAGCAGGAUUUUUCCAAAGCUGUUGUUUGUCCUGCGGGUUGUCUUGCACAGUACGAGAUGUCUGUGUGCAGUCCAUUCAUGUGAACCCAAAUCUGGAUCACAAGCAAGAAGCACUGAACACAUGCUCUCUCUCUCAUUGCUGUCCAGCCUGCAGAUGUUCCUAAACCUGUGAGUGCACCUGGUCCAGUGCUCAAAGCCAAUUCCCUCAGCAACCUGGAGCAGGAGAAGUCCUCCUAUAGGUACGUGGUCUACGUCACAGCACAGCAGCAACACAAGCUGCAGACAUCAUGGGUGAAGGACAACACAGAAAUCCUUGCAAAGCCAUCUUGAGGGAGUUUUAUUGUGGUUGGAGCUCCCCCUAGUGGACAGAAGUCAGCUCUCUGCAGGCCUGGCUCUUGUGUGGUGAACAGAAGAUGUGCAGAAAUUCAAAUGCUGACAAGAUCGAUAGAAAUCUUACAGCAGCAAAGUUUUAUUCCCACCUCAACUGAGAAAUUCAAUUUAUUUCUUCACAUAAUAAGUCAUUUUUCUUUUAUUUCCUGGUCUCUAAACGAGAGAACAGUUUCUACAACUAAGAUGGAAAUAUUUUAUAAACAUGAUAUGGUCAAACAUCCAGCUGGCCUCGGGUCAGUCCUUGCAGCUGUUUCACACAGUUCCUUUUGCUCCCCCUUCAGGGCUCCUGAGCCACAGAAGCCUCAUCCUAAACCUCUGGAUGAUAUGAUGCGGCCCAACCACUAUGACCCCGAUGAGGAUGAGGAGUACUACAGGAAACAGCUGUCCUACUUUGAUCGCCGCAGCUUUGACAGUAAGGCUAUGGGCCAACCCGUGCCUGGCAUCAACCGCUUCCAUGAUCUGCCCAAACCAGCUCAGCUCUCUUACCCUUACAACAGGUACAACAACAACAUCACCUCGUGCCAGCAGUGUUGGCUGGAGAUCAGCAUUCCUCCUCAGGCACACCCCAGCUAAAGUGUCCUAAUUGUUUUGAUUGUCGGCUUUGUUUGUGUCCGCCUGCUGCAGGGUUGAGUCUGUAGAGAAGGUGAGUCCGGUGGAGAAGAGAUAUGAACCUCUGCCCCAAAUCAGCCCAUCCUCACAGUAUGGGCCCCCUGUGUCCGCCAUCCCACCCAGCACACUGCCCAAACUCAGCCCUGGUGAUGGUGAGCAAACAGUCCAGCUUCUUUACUCACAGACUCCAUCAUGAUUUUAGAGAAGAUAGUGGAGAUUAAGUGAUGUGUUAUUCUUUUAUUUUUUCAGUUUAAUAUCAAGUGACAGACAAACUAAAAAGCCUAUGACAUUUGAAUGUAGCCAUCUGGUUUUUAAGCAUGUCGAUUCUCCAAAAGAUUUAGAUAAAUGAAGACUUAACUGUUAACUUUUAUUCAUCAAAUACUCACUUAGAAAAAAAAAACAUUUGUUUCACAGAGUUUUACCUUUUUGUUUUACUUGUGUUCUUCAUCUCUGUAAAUAAGGGUAACAAUCAUUUUAAAGGCUUAAAGGUAUAUUCCAGCAUAAAAUUAAUUUAGGGUCGAACACAUUGUAACACACAGUUAGACACCCCGUUGAUAGAUGAAUGUUGCCGACCGCUUGCUUCUCUAGUUAUACCAACUUUAGCUACGACCGCACAAUAGCAAUACACAGCAGUCUGAGGAGCCAUAAACAAACCUCAACCAAAACGCCACUCUAUAGUCACAAAUAAUGCUCAGAACAGCACCUAACUUCAUCAACAGUACAUAUAGGGUCCCAGCCACAGCACUAGCCACCAAACAUCUUUUUAACUUUGCCUAAUUUCUUCAGCAAAGAGACUAAACACAACUCACCUCCUCUCUUCCAGCAGCUGUUUGUUUGUACAGAGACCUCAGGCCAGUCCAUUACAGACUGCAGUGGGGUGACACAGCUCAAGGAAGAACAUUUAUGAUCGUUUCUUCAUAUAAAUGCAAUCAGACAGAGACGCUAAGGCAGAAGAACUACCGCGUCUGCAGUGAAAAAUGAUUAAUGUGGUGAUUUUUACUUCAAGGAAAUGAUUAAGAAAUUAUCAUAAAUGUUCUUCCUUGAGCUGCGUCACCCCACUGUAGUCCGUAAUGGACUGGCCUGAGGUCUCACUACGAAUAAGCAGCUGCUGGAAGAGAGUAGGUGAGUUGUCUUUAGUCUCUUUGCUAAAGAAAUGAGUCAAAGUUAAAAAGAUGUUUGGUGGCUAGUGCUAUGUCUGGGACCCUAUAUGUACUGUUGAUGAAGUUAGGUGCUGUUCGGAGCAUUAUUUGUGGCUAUAGAGUGGCUUUUUGUUUGAGAUUUGUUUAUGGCUCCUCAGACUGCUGUGUAUUGCUAUUGUGCGGUCAUUACUUAAGUUGGUAUAACUAGAUAAGCAAGCGGUCGACAACAUUCAUCUCUCGACGGAGUGUCUAACUCUGUGUUUCUGUGUGUUUGACCCUAACUUAAUUUUACACCGGAAUAUCCCUUUAACAUAAAUAAAAGUUGGCGAUGAUGAUCAGUCAGAGAAGAUAAAAAAAGAAAAUUAAAGGUGCAGUCUCAAGUUUAGAAACAUUUUCAAUAAAACCGUGUCUUUGUGUAUCUUUAAACUGAGCAGUGAGGGUCGAAUAUAUUUAUGAAGACCGUCAGUGAUUCUGUGAUACUUGAUCUACUUCCAGUGAACUCCAUACCAGAGCCGCUGACCUCGCCUACUCCUAAACCCGAACUGGCAGCUCUCAGGCCGCCCAGCAGGGAUGAACCCACACCAGGAGGCUACCUGCCCCCAAGGGGGCCCCUCGAUAAACCUCCAGUCAACGGCACAGAUACAGCACUCCCAAAGACGCUCGGGGCUCCCGCUACAACCAGCUACAACCGCUACGUCCCCAAGCCGUACACCAGCUCAGCCCGGCCUUUUGAGCGCAAGUUUGAGAGCCCCAAGUUCAACCACAACCUGCUGCCCAACGACACACAGGUGAAGACCGACCUCCUCGGGAAGCCCGCCGUGAUGAGCAAUAGCGGAGGGAAACCACAGCUGUCUCCUCAGCCUCUGGAUCACGACAGCGGCCUGGACACCUUCACACGAACCAUGGACAACAGGCCCAAAUACCAGCACAAUAACAUCGCCAUCCCCAAGGCCAUCCCUGUGAGGUAAGAAACGCUAAACGCCAAGUGAAUCCUGAACCCCUUUACUUUGCUUCGCUCUCUGCUGACUUUAAACUGAUGAUCCUGACUUCUCAUCUGUCCCUCAGCCCCAGCACGCUGGACGAUGAGGAUGAGGACGAAGGACACACUGUGGUGGCCACCGCCCGAGGAGUCUUUAACUGUAACGGAGGCGUCCUGAGCUCCAUCGAGACAGGCGUCAGCAUCAUCAUCCCCCAGGGCGCCAUCCCCGAGAGCGUGGAGCAGGAGAUUUACUUCAAGGUGUGCCGGGACAACAGCAUCCUGCCCCCCCUCGACAAGGAGAAAGGUCUGUCUCCAAGUUUCCCCGAGUUUAAAAAUGAGUACAAACAGCAGAGUACUUUUUAACAACAUGGAUAACGUUUGUAAGAGCUGAUAAGAGACUUGACUUCAGCUGCAUCAGGAUGUUUCAGUUCCUAGUUUAUAAAAUAUUGUAGCUUUGAUUCCAAGUUAGAGUUAGGGUCACAUUUUCUGAUCUGGACAACACUGAUUUAAAAACCCACUCAUGUGUGAAGAAGUUUCAGAUGAAAAAGCUGUCAAACUUUAAAAAUCCUUGUUUUUAACACCCACGUCAGCUGUUAUGUUGAGAGGAAAUUCUUCCGCCAACAUCAACACUAAUCUCCAGGCAGGUGAAAUAAUUUAAUUAACCUGACGAGUUGGUUAGCAGGUAAUUCCUUCCUCCUUCACUGUGAAAGUCUGGCAGUCAGUCCUCUACAUUCUGCCAUUUAAUUGGCUAAUAAAUAACCUCUGUGUGCUGGUUAAUCCCUGGAUGUUCUCAUUUGUGGAAUUAAAACCUCGUUCUGCGUCCGUGCAGGAGAAACGCUGCUAAGUCCACUGGUGAUGUGUGGCCCUCACGGACUCAAGUUCCUGAAGCCGGUGGAGCUGCGCUUACCUCACUGUGCGUCUAUGACCCCUGAUGGUUGGUCUUUUGCUCUAAAAUCCUCCGACUCCUCGUCGGGUAUGCUGUCCUCUCUCUGUCCUUUGGGGUCUGUGGGCUUUGGUAGUUAUGAGGAGAGGCUUUUUUUUUUGAAGUGUGUCAGAGUUAUUUCCUUCAGCUCGUCUAAUUUCUGUUUUCCCUUUCGUUUCCUCCUCUGCAUGAGCUGCCUGACUGUUUCCCUCUCUUCAUGCCUAAUCUGAGCUGCACAGAUUUAUUCUAAUCUUUGGCUGCAACACAGGGGAAAAAAAACUAAUCUGUUGGAGCUGAAACUUUCAGAAAAUCUGCUAAAUGAUUCAUGUCAGAUCAAUAAUUAACUUUUUAUCAUUAUUUGUCCUUUUUUAAAAAACAAGAGUGGAUACAUUUCCUCAUUUCUGCUCCUCAAUCUUUCUUAGUUCUGUUUUUAAUUUGCUUGCAUACAGAAUAUUUUUCAGUGUUAAGGUCUUUACACACCGGGGCCGACACGAAUAUAGACGCAAAAUCACAAAAUAUUUGGAGGGGAAUUUUGACGCACCUGACUAUACACAUCAAGCCCGAUGCGAUUUUGCGACUUUCCGGGGGGAGAAAGAUUCAUCCCGGGGAAGACUUUUCGGGGGGAAAGUCCCGCCUCCUUCGCCUCUGAUUGGCUAGAAAAGCUGGAAACGGCAUCAUACACUCAAGCCAAACUGUCAGCCAAUCAGAGGCGAAGGAGGGCGGGACCUUCCCUUAAUAACCUACAGCGUCCCGGACAAAAAUAGAGUCUACUUUAACUUCAUGUGAUGACGAAUUGGUACUCCUGCUUUCUCAAAAGAGAAAGAAACGUAUAUCGCAGAAGAGGAAAACGUCGCUGAUGUGAACGCUUGUAAUGACAGGAUGCGGGUUCGAAAAAAAAAUUUGAUGUCUGAAAUAUCGCACGACAAAAACAGUCACGGUGUGUAAGGACCUUUAAGCAUUAAAAAAAAGAUGUUGAAAGCUUUUUUUUAGCUUUUGGAAACUCAAAAAGUAAUUUUUCACAUCUCUCCGAUUUUAUUUGUUAGACAGAACAAACACCAGAGAAAAUAUUCAGGAUAAACUGCUCUUUAAAAAAAAAAUAUAUAUGUUAUAUUAUUGAACUGAAAAGACUAAGCCUUUGCCUCGUUCAUCUUAAAAUCAAAGAACCAUCUGCUUUGAAUGAGUUUCAGAAUUGCAUGGUGCACAACAGAACCUGUCUCCCUCCUUUUUCAUCCGUUUUUACUAACUUGUCGAAUGUUUUUGUCCGUUCAAAGUUUGUUUUCGCGUUCUCAAAGAGAAGUUUGUUCCAGCAGCUCACACCACACCUCUAUUUUUUUGCAGGUGAUCCCAAAACCUGGCAGAACAAAUCUCUCCCUGGAGACCCAAACUACCUGGUGGGUGCAAACUGUGUGUCAGUGCUCAUUGACCACUUCUGA